CAACUCCUUACAGGAAAAUAAUAUGAUAACAGAAGGAGGGAGAUGCACAGCCAGUUAGCCCAGGGAGGACUUGAUAAAAGGAGGGGCACAGUGACAGUGACAGAGAGAAAGGAGGAAAGUGACAGAGAGAGAGAGAAAAGAGGAGCAGGAUAGUGACAUAGAAAGAAGGAGAGUGACAGAGAGAGAAAGGAGGAUAAGAGUAACAGUGAGAGAGAGGGAAGGAGGUGAGUGACAGAGUGAGGGAGAAGAGUGAAAGAGAGGAGGAGGAAAGUAACUGUCAGGGAGGAGGAAAGUGACAGUCAGAGAGGAGGAAGAUAAGAUAGGGAGGAGGAGAGAGUGACAGUCUGGGAAGAGGAGGAGACAGGGAGGAGGAGAGUGACAGACAUGGAGGGAGGAGGGGAGUGACAGAGAGAGAGAAGGAGAGUGACAGAGAGAGAGGAGGAGAGUGACAGAAAAGGGGUGGCGAGUGACAGAGAGAGUGACAGAGAGAAAGGGAGGAGGAGAGUGACAGACAUGGAGGGAGGAGGGGAGUGACAGAGAGAAAGGGAGGAGGAGAGUGACAUAGAGGAGAGUGACAAAAGAGAGAGGGAGGAGAGUGACAGGCAGAGAGGGAGGAGGAGAGUGACAGACAGAGAGGGAGGAGGAGAGUGACAGACAGGGAGGAGAGUGACAGACAGAGAGGGAGGAGAGUGACAGAGAGAGAGAGAGGGAGGAGGAGAGUGACAGAGAGAGAGGGAGGAGAGUGACAGAGAGAGAGGGAGGAGAGUGACAGAGAGAGAGGGAGGAGGAGAGUGACAGAGAGAGAGGGAGGAGAGUGACAGAGAGAGAGGGAGGAGGAGAGUGACAGAGAGAGAGGGAAGAGGAGAGUGACAGAGAGAGAGGGAGGAGGAGAGUGACAGAGAGAGAGAGGGAGGAGAGUGACAGAGAGAGGGAGGAGGAGAGUGACAGACAGACAGAGAGAGAGAGAGAGAGAGAGAGAGAGAGGAGGAGGCGGUGAUGUACUGCUCCUGCUGCCUCCCCGCUGGGGGAGCGGCUGUAGAUCUCGUCACCUCGUCCAGGGAUCUUUGCACCGGGAGGAGGGAGAGGGGGCAAAUCCUCCUUCCCGGGCUGGCUCCAUGGCUGCUGCAAUGUCAGAGGGAGCCAUAGCGGGCGGAGGGCGAGCUGGCGGCGGCGGGAGCGCGGUGGGGAGUGCGGCCGGUGCCCCCCAGGGAUCCCCGGGUGUCACGGUCUCAGCCGGCGGGGGAGCGGCAGCCCGAGGAGCGGAUAGCCCGGCCGGGGGAGGGGGAGCUGCUGCUGUACCGCUCAGGAUCGCCGCCAAGAAGGGACAGCUCCGCUCCGCUCCCCGGGCUAAGAAACUGGAGAAACUCGGAGUGUACUCAGCGUGCAAGGUAAGGGGGAGUCACUAUAACCACUGACAGUCACUGUAUACUAUAACCACUGACAGUCACUGUGCACUAUAACCACUGACAGUCACUGUGCACUAUAACCACUGCACUGACACUCACUGUGCACUAUAACCACUGACAGUCAUUGUGCACUAUAACCACUGCACUGACACUCACUGUGCACUAUAACCACUGACAGUCACUGUACACUAUAACCACUGCACUGACACUCACUAUACACUAUAACCACUGCACUGACACUCACUGUGCACUAUAACCACUGACAGUCAGUGUACACUAUAACCACUGCACUGACACUCACUAUACACUAUAACCACUACACUGACACUCACUGUGCACUAUAACCACUGACAGUCAGUGUACACUAUAACCACUGCACUGACACUCACUAUACACUAUAACCACUGACAGUCACUGUACACUAUAACCACUGCACUGACACUCACUGUACACUAUAACCACUGCACUGACACUUACUGUGCACUAUAACCACUGACAGUCACUGUACACUAUAACCACUGCACUGACACUCACUGUGCACUAUAACCACUGACAGUCACUGUACACUAUAACCACUGCACUGACACUCAUUGUGCACUAUAACCACUGCACUGACACUCACUGGCACUAUAACCACUGCACUGACACUCACUGUGCCUUAUAACCACUGACAGUCACUGUACACUAUAACCACUGCACUGACACUCACUGUGCACUAUAAUCACUGAUCACUGUACACUAUAACCACUGCACUGACACUCAUUGUGCACUAUAACCACUGACACUCACUAUACACUAUAACCACUGCACUGACACUCACUGUACACUAUAACCACUGGCAGUCACUAUACACUAUAACUACUGCACUUACUGUACACUAUACACUAUAACCACUGACAGUCACUGUACACUAUAACCACUGCACUUACUGUACACUAUAUACUAUAACCACUGACAGUCACUGUACACUAUAACCACUGCACUCACUGUACACUAUAACCACUGCACUGACACUCACUAUACACUAUAACCACUGACACUCACUGUUCACUAUAACCACUGCACUCACUGUACACUAUAACCACUGCACUGACACUCACUAUACACUAUAACCACUGACACUCACUGUUCACUAUAACCACUGCACUGGCACUCACAAUACACUAUAACCACUGACACUCCCUGUACACUAUAACCACUGCACUUACACUCACUAUAUACUAUAACCACUGCACUGACACUCACAAUACACUAUACCCCCUGAGACUCACUAUACAUACACUAUACCCCCUGCCCUGACACUCUCCAUACACAGAUACCCCCUGUGACUCACACUAUACAGAGAUACCUAUUAAGACUAGGUUACACACUAUACCGAGAUAACACUGGGUUGCAGCCACCCAGGAAUGAAAACAAACCAACAUACUGGCAUCGUGUCCCCACGCCCAUCGUGUGCCAGGACUGGCACUGUAUUAGUUCACUAUGUGGUGCCAGCUGAUACUGUUUUGCACAGUCUGUAUACUAGUGUAACAUUUUUGCUGACAGAAUUCACAUGCGUGAAGGAUAACAACAACAAGAGACUAAUAAUAAUACUGAAACAGCAACAACAACAUUCUGUGCAGCAACACUGACUCAGCAACACCACACAGGGACACGGUGCUGCCAGGCUGGAGAGCUGCUGGGGACAAAACUUUUAGCUCUCGAUUUGUUGUGGGCUAUAAUUUCUGACUUCACAUCUGUAAAAUGUUGUCCAUAGCCUUUGUAGUUCCAAAGGUAAGCUCUCAUUGAUCCCUGAGUGAUACAAAUGACAGUAUCCUCUGGUAAUAGGUCAUACUACAGAUACAAUGUUACACACCUAUGAUGUCACUGUUAAAGAUCUGAACUAACUCUGCUCUCUUGGUUACUCUAUGAUGUCAUGAUGAAAUGAUCCUUUGUGAUAUUGCAUCUUUAGCAUAACUGCCACUGUUAGUAGUGGGGAAGUGGGAUAAGUGUGAAAGAAACCAUUACCUGCAAAGAAGAUUGUGCAAGCUGUGUGAAAAUGGAAAAGUUAUAUCAAUUAAUAGUUUUUUUUAUUAUGUUUAUUGCCCUGAGUGUGAAACAAACAAAAAAGUUAGAAACCACAGAAUUAUUUUUAGACACUCACACCUCACCCACUGUAAUACUGCAACCUGGGAGUGCAGUUAAUUAAUACUGCUUCUGUAGCAGUAUUUUAAAGUUAUAUCACUCCCCAAGCUCACACUGAGUGUUUCCCUUGCAAUAAUAAUAACAUUGCAAUGGCAUCAAUGCAUGCUGUGGAUAAACAAUGUUUUGACACUUGACACAUCCUCACUACAACCCUUCACUGACAGAACAAGUUAAUAUUGCAAUCUGACACUGUGGUAAUAUGAUACCAUGGAUAAAGCAAACUACUGCACCAGUUUGUACUUGUCAGUGAGACUUGAAAGUACUUUUUUGUACUACAUCUCGAAUUUAUAUCUAGCCGAUACAGACAGCAUUUCUAUUACAGGAAGCUCCUACCUGUUGACAACACUGCUCUCAUAACAUUAUCGUGAUACUAAAAAGAUUUUGGGUUACCAAAGCAUCAUAAACAAAUUAUGACGAUACCGCAAUAAUUAUGCUGAUAUGGCAUCGUGGUUAAAAGAACACAUUAAAGUGUUAGGAAGACAAACCUGUAUUGCUAACACUGUAGUGCUGAAGUACAUGUUCAGGUGACUGCCCCCCGUCGGAAUGGAGUAAAAAGGUUUUAAACAUAACUUUUCUCCACCGCCAUGUCUCUAUGAGGACAUGCUGGUUGGCGCGGCACUGCCUUCAUGGCGGAGGUCUUGACGAUCUCAGUCAUGUGCGGCAAAAUGUUGUGCUGCGCCAAUCAGCAUGUCCUCAUAGAGACACGUUGAAUCAAUGCAUCUCUACGGGGAGUGAACGUAGGUGCUGCACUGUCUAAGUGACUGCCACAAUAGGCAUCACUAGGCAGCAUUGCUCAGCCUGCAGGGGAAAGUUAUAAACACCAGAACCACUAAAUUAAGCUGUAAUGGUGCUGGUGACUAUAGUGUCCUGUUAAGUUUGUGGUUGAAUAAUGCUAACACUGUAAGUGAAUAAAACAUUCUAAUUUAAAGGAUCACUAUAGGGUCAGGAACACAAACAUUUAUUCCUGACCCUAUAGUGCUAAACCCACCAAAUAGGUGGCUUGCCCCUCCUUCCCCCCCCCAAUAAAAGUUUAAAAAUCACCUUAUUUCCCGCGCCGUAAGGGUCUGCCGGCUCUUUCUCUGCCUUUUGUGACAUUAUCAAAAGGGCCGAUUUUUAGCCAAUCUAAUGCAUUCCCAUGGGGAAAGCAUUAGAUUGGCAAAAAUUGGCACAGGGCGGGGCCAAAUGCCAUUUUGGCCAAUCAGGACACCUCCUCAUAGAGAUGCACUGGAUCAGUGCAUCUCUAUAGGGAAAAUUCAGCGUCUUCAUGCAGAGCAUGGGGACGCUGAACGGCAGGGCUGCCUACUGUGCAGCACUAAGCCAGGAAGCCCCUCCAGUGGGCGUCUGAGAUGUGGCCACUUGGAGGUGUCCCUAGGGGCAAUGUAAACACUGCCCUUUUUCUGAAAAGACAGUGUUUACAUGAAAAUGCCUGAAGGGAGCUAUUAUACUCACCAGAACAACUACAUUAAGCUGUAGUUCUGGUGACUAUAGUGUCCCUUUAAGUACGUCAUUUCUGACAAAUACACAACAAAGAACAGAUACAGAAUACUACUGUCUACAGAAUUCAGUGAUACAAUAUGGACAUCAGAGAAACAAUGCCAGUUAAAGUGGAUAUAAUAUUAUCUAAUAAAAAAAAAGCACAGCAGUUCUAACAAAGAGUAAGAAAUUAACACAUUCGUUUAAUGAAAGACAACUCUAUGGUAAUCUGAAAAUCUGUUUGCAGCAGUUGUUACUUCUUCUGAAAUGUAGGAUGUAUUGUAAUAAUAAUAUCUGGUGUUUUAUGCAUUGAAUAGUGAAUUAUGGCAUAUUGAAAACUACAUUUGCAAAGUUUAGGCAGAAACUGCUGGAUAAAAACUCCAAGUGGCUAUAAGACCAUCUUGACUAUUUUGGACUAAACUUAAAUUUGUUUUUUUGUUUCCACGCAGUCCGCUAUGGAAGUUGCACCAAUAAUGUGGAAAUUUCACACCUCAUGAACAUGCACUACUGAUACAUUUGUCUACUCUGCAUUAAUAUGUAAUACCCUACUGUUAUCACGCUAUCACACAUUGGAGCAAGGUUCUCCUCCUUUAGCCCUUCUGAUGGUCUAUCGAGAGUUGUGAUAUUGGGAAGCUAGAAGAUGGGAAAGUCACAUUGUAUGUCUAUUUUGACAAUAUUCUAGAUUGAACUGGAUUACCCUCUAUUGCAAAAAGUUUGACUUUGAGGCAGUAAACCCUCAGUGUGCCAAUUAAGCUUAUACUGCUGUCACACAACAGUCAUACAGCCCUCAUUCAGCCAUAAAACCCAUAGUUUGUAUUGUAUUCCAACAUCGAUAUAACAUAUGUGGUCUGUGAUUUCAGAAAAGGCAUGACUGCAUGGCUUUCUAGUAAUGCUGAUAAUAUUGCAUACAUUCCACAUGUCCCUAUUUAAGAGGGACAGUCCAUAUUUUAGGCCCAAAUCUCAAUUUCCCCCUUUUCUAGUUACCUAAAACUUAUCAGAACGGCUCCAAUUGUGGCCACACCCGCACUAACACCACUAAAAUGAAAAUUUUUUUUUUAAUGUUCAAUUUAGGGGGGCCGUGAUUCUAAAUAGGGAAAAAAAAGUAAAGCCUUAGGCACUUCUCAUUCCCAAUGCUUCCCUACAAGAAUCACUGGAUUGGACAAGAAGACAAAGCAGAUUCAGCCUUAAGGAAGAAGUCAUAGUUGGCUGCAAGUUGCGUGUCUCGGAGCUGAAAAAGGGUUAUCAAAAAACUUUUUUUUUUUUAAUUCAAUUUAGGGCGCCCUGAAUCUUAAUAGGAAGUAGAACAGCGUAGCAUCAUGAAUACAUUUAAUGCAUUUAAAAAAUGGAAACAAAGAAAAUACAACGUUCUCCUCCCUUUGGUGUCCUCCCUACGGUUAGAUUUAGUUACAUUACAUCCCAUAAUGCACUGGUCUCUGUUCUGCUCCCUCCCUACCCCCAAGCUGAGAUCAUCCGUCUCGAUGCUCUCAGCCAAUCUAAAGCUUCCGCAUAGUCAAGUAUUGGGAGGCUACCGUGCAUUAGUGGCAAAACACCAUGCUGCGACAAUAAAAUUCUCUCUAAGAAAUAUAUGGCUAGAAAAUUUAAUUUACCCAGGGUUCAUAGCAGCAACUUGUUGGUCCUAAAGCAAAACAUUUUCAAGCAAGUUAGGGAUGAAAUGCUGCAAAGCAACCAAGGGAAAGUAAAGUAUCCAAGCCAUGUACUUCCUGUCUUUCCAGUCAAUCCAUACUUUGUAUGCUGUGGAGUUGGCUGCUCAGAAUGUGAAGCACCAGGGUCCUGUGUGUGCUAGGCCAACUUUUUCUUUUUCUGCCAAUACCUGCUAUGAUGCUGUGUACCCCAAUACACAUGUGUAUACUCUGCUGAGGUUAUUAAUUGAAAGACACUCUAUAUAGGCAAUUUUUGUUGAAAAUACCCAUUUUUUUCUAGAAAUGCAAAUUCUUGUUACAGAAAAAGCCACAUUCGGAAAAUAAAAUAGUUUGGCUUUUUGUAUGCAAAACCAUAGAAAUCUGCAAUAUUUGGCCACGGUCAGGUCUGCACAGAGUGAGAAAACUUUUAUAUAAAAGAAAUGUAAUAAAUACAAUGCAAUAAAUGAGUAUUCCUGAAGCCCUUCUAACGUGAGAAUUUCAAGUUUAAGUAUCAUUUUUUUUCCUGGCUGUAAAUCUCAAAUUCAGUUUGAAUUCCCGUCAAUUUUUACUUUAGUGAUAAACCCUGCUAGUAUCCAAGAAGGGUUUGGAGAAGUUGUCCACUAAUCCAUCACACCAUAUAGGUGUGCAGGUAUGAGGAUUAUUAAUAUAGUAAGUGGGUCAUCACUCUUUUAUUUAUUCUAACACUGCCGUUUUUAAUAUGGUAAGUGGGUGAUCACCAUUUUAUUUACUCUAACACUGCUGUUUGUUUCUCUGCAUAUCAAUCUGUCCAUUGCCUGAACAAGGCUAUUCAGUCAGGGAAACUCCUGAGCAAUUUAGUAUUACAGGUGUUUUCAGGCUUAGUUGGACUGAUUCACAUGAGUUCAAAAUUGGAACUCAUGUGAUCAGAGUGGAGGCAACUUACUCUCUUCCCUCUGCCUCUACCUCUCCCUAACUCUACUUACCUCCAAGUGGUUGUAGCAUAGUGGAUUCAAGCCAAGUCAUAACAUUAACGCUUCAGUGGGUAUAAACAUCUGUCUGCGCAGAUUUACCGCUGUUGAGAUAGCUCAUUUGGUUAAUGCAUCAGGUGUAGUACAUUGGCUGUAGGCGAUAUUCUUGGUUUGACUUUGGUUUUUAUCAUUCUGAGGUUCAUUAAAGGAGUACUAUUGACUUGGAUAAUACUAACAUAUUAUUCAGUAGCUGAUUUGUUUAAAAUCAGAGACUGUACACUGAGUGCAUUGAUUCACGUUAAAAGAAAUUCUAUAUAAAAAACAGAUUAUCAGAUGUAACGUACUUCAUAUGUAAAACUACUUCGCAUAAAGCUGCCCAAGGCUUCAUACAGCAGAGCAGCUGUUCCGUUCUUUGAAUGAUGCUAUCUUUAGUAAUAAUUCUAAUCCCUUGGCAACAAUUGUAGAAUAACUGUGGUAGUAAUUUAAAGGCUGCUUCACCCUGGGAAGAAUAGUACAAAAUUUACUCAUCUAAAUGCAAAUGCUCUAAUGCUGCUUCGUGAUCGCAUAAUAUAUGGUAACUAAAUGUAUUGCAUCUUUGUUACAAUGUCUUUCUCUUACCGCAUUACAUUUUCACCUAUUUUAACAAUAGUGCAAGGAUUACUGCGCUGCUUAAAUAGCUGUGAUGGAUUGGAUGCAAUUAUGACAGUCACUCAUUUCCUGUCAUGUCAUCGGAAAGGAAAUAAUCGCAGGCAAUGCCUGGCUUACAUCUCUGGUUAAUCUUCAUAUGUGAUUAAAACGGUUGUAGAUAAAAUCAGGACAUUAUUAAAACUCACUGACUAUAGCGGGAUUGAGUAAAAGAAAGCCACCCUCUAGCUAUGGUUAGAUUACGCUAAUCGGAAUGCUCAAUGAAGGAGAUGGUUAUGCCAAUAUACUUAUGUCUACAAAGUAGAAAACAGAUUGUUAUUGUGGUUUUAUAAUCCUUUGUUUGAUUAGUUUAUAGUUUUUGAUUUUAUGGAAAUUCAGUAAUUUACUAAAUAAUGGCAUAUUAAUAAUGGAACCUAAUAUUCAUCUUUUCUGCGACCACAAAAAUAUUGCAUAUGUUAAAACUGCUAGUAAGUCAGUAACUUAAAAGGAAAUUACAAAAUAGGCUCAUUACGUUAAAUGAUAACUUUCAAUUUGCAGGAGUUUUAAUAUUGUGGUUUAUAAUGUUUAUUAUGUGAGUUUACUAGCCUUUCUCCCUUGCUGCAGUGCUCUCUCUGUGGCUAGCCCCGCCUCCUUGGCUGAGCUCAUCAAUCUUGAUGAUCUCAGCCAAUCCAUUGCUUUCCCAUUGGUAGGCUAGUGCGCAUGCAUGGCAAAACGCCACACUGUGCCAAUCAGAUUGAAAUAAUGACUAUUUCAGCGAAAGCGCUUCUAGUGGCUGUCAAUGUGACAGCCACUAAAGGCUUUUUUAACCUUGCAAUGUAAACAUUGCCGUUCAUGGAGAACAAAUUUGUUUUUAGAUGCAGGAUUAAAAAUAGGAGGACAGUGCACCGAGAUCACUUUAUUGAGAUGAGGUGGUCUGGGUGUCUAUAGAGACCCUUUCAUUCAUAUAUAGACAUCAAUACAAUACAUCUGGUAACUCUGUAAGCUACCCCAGUUAAAGGGAUAGUUUUGUCAUAGAUAAUUUAUUAAUGUUUAGUUAUAUUUAAGUGUUUUAUUAAUGCUGCGUAGUAUCAACAUAAAUUACUUAAAGGAGCACACCACAACACAAACUGUUGUUCUAAUCACAAUUAUACCUAUAAUAUUUGCAUUUAAAAAAACAUUAAAGGAAUACUUUGACCCCUUAAGGACUGAGCCAAAUGUACACGUUUUGAUCAAAAUAAAAAGAAAAAAAAAACUUGGAAUUUGACUAUAUGUCUGUUCAACUGUAAUUCACCUAUUUCAUAUUAUGCAAGCCCACACUUAUUAUAUAUCAUUUUAUUCAGGAGAAAUAUGGCUUUCAUUUAACAUCAAAUAUUUAGCUAUGAAACAUAGUUUAAUAUGAAUAAAAUAUUUAAAAAAUGUGAGAAAUUGAGAAAUGUUAUUUUUCUAGUUCUACAUGACAUUUUAACUGUGAAUGUCAUAAUACUGUUUGCUUUUACUGCAAUAAAAUACACCUAAUUGUAUUCAGCAAUGUCUCACGUGUAAAAAAAUUACCCCCUAUGUACAGGUUUUAUGGAGUUUUGGGAAGUUACAGGGUCAAAUAUAGCAUUUUACAUUUUUUAUUUUUUUCACAUUGAAAUUCGCCAGAUUGGUUAUGUUGCCUUUGAGACCGUAUGGCAGCCCAGGAAUGAAAAUUACCGCCAUGGUGGCAUACCAUUUGCAAUAGUAGACAACCCAAGGUAUUGCAAAUUGGGUUUGACCAGUCUUUUUUAGUAGACACUUAGUCACAAACACUGGUCAAAGUUAGCGUUAAUAUUUGUUUGUGUGUGAAAAAUGCAGAAAACUAAUUUGGACGCCAAUUUUGGCCAGUGGGUUAUCAGGCAGGUCCCGCAAAUUGUAAUUAAUACAAUUACUUAAUUAGUUUAUAUAUAUUACAUGAAUAUAUACAUAGAAUCAAAAUAUAUAUAUAUAUAUAUAUAUAUAUAUAAUAACUCAAAAUAAGUUUGGCACUCUGCCCAUUCAAUAUAUAUAUAGAAAAAAUACCAGGGUGCAAACCUGCAAUGUAUAUGUAAAAAUAGCAAUGAUGAGGUGCACUCCUGGGUUGAAAAAAGUGUAAACACUGCAGGACGUAACGUGAUGACGUCACACACGGUCUUCUCACACUUCUGGGUCUCGAUCUAUUGGGGGUGGUUUCACUUCACUGUUAUUGUUAAGAGAUCACUUUUGUUACCUAUAAAUAUGCAUUAUUCACUGUAUACAUUGUUGUGAUCUUGAAAAAGACCCUGUAUAGGUCGAAACGUCGAUCUCUUGAACACUAAUUGUUUUUUACACAAUAAAUUGAAUUUUUUUUCAACCCAGGAGUGCACCUCAUCAUUGAUAUAUAUAUAUAUAUAUAUAUUUGUUUUAUAUAUAUAUAUAUAUAUAUAUAUAUAUAUAUAAUUUUAAAAAUUAUUUUUAUUUAUAUAUAGGUGUGUGUAUAUAUAUAUAUUAAUAUCAAAAUACAGUUAGAACGAAAUUACACACACAUAUAUAUAUAUAUAUAUAUUUAAAUUAUUUAUUUUUAAUCAUUUUUUAUUUUAAAUUUUUAACGUAUUUAUAUAUUGUAUAUUAUAUAUAAUUAUAUUUAAUUAAUAUCAUUCUUGGUGUAUUUUGAUAUUAUAUAUAUACAUAUAUAAAUAUUAAAUAUGUAUGUAUGUAAAAGUGUGUAUGUGUAUGUGUGUGUAUAUAUAUAUAUAUAUAUAUAUAUAUAUAUAUAUAUAUACUUAGCUCAUAUAUAUAAUAUAUAUAUAUAUGAUCUAAGUAUAUAUUAUUUUUACUUUAUUAUAGGCAGCAGGUGGACUACCUGUCAUUCCAGGCACUCCCCCUGCUGGCACUGCUAUGGACAGCUAUUCCAUCCAUGUGAUCGUGAGGUCCUCGCAACGUCAUCCUGAUCACAUGGCCCAGGAGGGCUGGAUCAGCAGCAGGGGGACUGCCUGAGAUGCCAGGUAAGUCCCCCCAUCACGAUCGUCGGCAAGCAGGUGAGCAGCCAGGACAGCGUGGACGUGCUAUUCUGCCCGCCCGCGUUUAGAGCCGGGAUCCUAAGGACGAUAUAGCACGCCCGCCGUCCUUAAGGGGUUAAGAACCGUAACCACUAGAGAUCACUGUAAUGGUUAUGGUGUCAUGAGAACCCAGCCUUCUACAUCACUGUAAGUAGUCCAGCCAUUUUACCAGAGAAGGCCUUCACUAGCUCAGUGAGAGAGCGAGAAGCUGUCUUUCUGAGCUUGAUCUGACGUUGCAGGGCUUAACUCAUUGGUUGAGAGCCAUCUCCAGGAGAGCUAACAGUAGACCCGGCUUAGGAACUUCUAACUCUCAGGCAGAGGUAGUGGAGGCAGGUGGCGGUGCUAAGUGGACCCCAGGUAAGAAUUCAAACUGUUCUAAAACAGUUUGACCCCUUACAAAGGGAGGCGCCAAGGCACUUCUUGCACUAUAACCACUACAGAGCACAGGAUGUUGGAAUUUUCAUUUGAAAUAAUCAUUAUGAAAUCUUCUUAUUACUUUACUACCUCUAUUUUAUUAGCAUGUACAACAUUCUGCAAUACCUAAUUUUAAUAUUUUCUUCAUUUUGCACGUGCAUAAAAUGUUUGAAGUGUCUUUUAAUGGAUGUGAACUGGUAAAAAUACAUAACAAACAAAAUCCAAGUGUUCUCUAAUCAUAUUAGGCAAUCACAGUUCGCUGGAAUACACUUGUGAAAUUCGAUUUGAACGAAUUAAACUAUCUAGAUUUCCGAGUAACUCCCAAAUAACAAAAUACAAAUUUAUGCAUUUGCUCUAUAAAAUGCUGUAUUUUUGCAUGUUCGAUUUUUAUGUUUUUUGCUAAAUAAACAUUAAGCAGAAUUCUGCAUCUUAUCUUCUUUUGCCCUACUACCGCCAUUCUAAAAUAAUUCCUGAGGUUCAAAUUUGUCUCCAGUAACACAGUUGUACAUGUCAUCAUGUAAAAUGAAGAAAACCCUUUGUACUGAUUCACAUAUCUUUUUUUUCCUCCAGUAUUUAUGUUGAGUUUAACAUAUUUCAUUUUUUUUUUUAGCUUUGUUUACUUUAUAUUUCGACAGUUAUGUGGGAAUUGGAGGCAUUACCUUUUGCCAGAAUAAACCACUCACUUAUGAGAAAGUUUAUAUUUUGAACAUUUCAUAACCUCUUACAGGAUUCACACUGGGAACAUAUAUAUUAUUUAUAUUGUAAGAUCCAUUACUGAGCUGCAAGUUGGGCUAUAUCUACGGAUAGUAGUCAUUUCUUUAUAGUUAGUCUGGGCAAAUGGAUACAUUAGGAACUAUGGAACUAUUUACCUUAAUUAAUGUAUUAUCGUGUGUGUGUGUGUGUGUGUGUGUGUGUAUGUGCAUGCGCGAUGUUAACUGUUACAGUGUUUUUGUGCACUCUUCUUUACAUACUUUCUAAAGUAAAAUAGUACUAAAGAUCUCCAGUGUCAGUGUAGCAAUAAUAAAAACCGAGAAUUUGCUUUGUUGAUAUUGUGCACAUGAUCUCCCUUGAAGGCCAAACCAUUUUGUAGAACAAUAAUCCCACAAGCGAUCAGCAUAUUUUCUCAGGCUUAGUGAAUUAAGUGUAUGUACAUGGGAGCAAACUCGUGUGAGUAAUAGAAUGUUGCUGCCAAAUUUUAUAAUGUUGCUGCCAGAUUUUAAUAAAAAUAAUAAAAAAAUGAAAUUGUAGCUGUUUAGGACUGGACAAGGCUGGUCUAUCUUUUGAUUUUGGUGUCAGAUUAAAUUGCAUGUUAUUUUUAUGGGAAUUGUAAAAACAUGUAAUUUAGGUGGCAUCCUGCAGUUAACUCCUUGCUUACCUAAGAAGUGGGCUACACUUUAUGAACCUUCCACUGGGUUAAUGAACAUUUUGAUACAUAGGUAUUUAUUAUGGUGCUUAGGAUCUCCCUGUAAAUCACUGUGUGUUUGGUUCAUCUAUUUUUCCUUUAUUAUUAUUAUUAUAUACGAGGGUGCUCAUCAUUCUGUCCACUUACAUAAUAUUUCCAGUAUGCUCCUUCACACCACUGUAUCGUGAUUUGAAUGCUUCCUUUUCCCCACAAGCUGGGAAAGCUGCCUGCCCCUGAAGCCAAAUAUAAUACGGUUUUACCAACAUUAGACUCUUAUUCUCAUAAAACGAUGAUAUGUUAGUACUAUGUAACCCAUAAUAAUAUGCAGCUUACGUGUAAUAAGCAACAUGGGCAUGCAAAACACACAAUACAUAAAAUAAAAUAAACUAUAUCAAAAAAGUGGUGUUGCAAAAUUGAAGUUGAAAUAGAUUAGCUGACAUUUUUCUUUUAAAGGGACACUAUAGUCACCUGAACAACUUUAGCUUAAUGAAGCAGUUUUGGUGUAUAGAACAUGCCCCUGCAGCCUCACUGCUCAAUCCUCUGCCAUUUAGGAGUUAAAUCCCUUUGUUUAUGAACCCUAGUCACACCUCCCUGCAUGUGACUUGCACAGCCUUCCAUAAACACUUCCUGUAAAGAGAGCCCUAUUUAGGCUUUCUUUAUUGCAAGUUCUGUUUAAUUAAGAUUUUCUUAUCCCCUGCUAUGUUAAUAGCUUGCUAGACCCUGCAAGAGCCUCCUGUAUGUGAUUAAAGUUCAAUUUAGAGAUUGAGAUACAAUUAUUUAAGGUAAAUUACAUCUGUUUGAAAGUGAAACCAGUUUUUUUUUUCAUGCAGGCUCUGUCAAUCAUAGCCAGGGAGGUGUGGCUAGGGCUGCAUAAACAGAAACAAAGUGAUUUAACUCCUAAAUGACAGUGAAUUGAGCAGUGAAAUUGCAGGGGAAUGAUCUAUACACUAAAACUGCUUUAUUUAGCUAAAGUAAUUUAGGUGACUAUAGUGUUCCUUUAACAUUACUAUUUUAGCUUAAAGAGAAACUAUAGUCACCAAAACAAAUCUAACUUUAUGGAGCACUUUUGGUGUAUGGUUUAUGCACCUGCUGUCUCACGGCUUUAUUCUCUGCAUUUUAGGAGUUAAAUCACUUUGUUUAUGCAGCAACUCCCCUGAGUCACUGACAUAGCCUUCCUAAACACUUUCUGUAAAGUGACACCUAAUGUCUAAGCUUUCCUAAUUGCACAGUCUGUUUAAUUUGGAAUUUCUUAUCCCCUGCUAUGUUAAUAGCUUUAUAGAGCCUAUAAGAGCCUCUUGUUUUUGAUUUAAGUUAAUUUUACAAAACCGGAGAUGAAAAAGGUCUAAAGUAAGUUAACAUCUAAUGAAACCAUAUUUUUCAUGCAAGCUGUGUUAGUCACAGCCAGGGGAAGUGUGUCUAGUGCAGCAUCGACAGAAACAAAAGUGAUUUAACUCCCAAGUGGCAGAGAAUUGAACAGUACAGGGGCAUGAUCUACAACAAAACUGCUUCAUUAAACUCAAAUUCUUUUGAUACCUACAGUGUCCUUUUAAAUUAUGCCACUUGGUUGUUCGCUCUAAACAACUCACUAUUCAAGUCAAUAAACUUUUUUAAUUUAACUUUCUUAAAAAUAGAUGGGUAGAUAGAUUGGUAGAUCAAAAACAAAUAUGAGCACAAAAGUCUUGUUAUUAUAUCUAGAAACAUGUUACAUAAAAUCUAAUGGUUUUACAAUUAUUUUUUUGGAAUGUUACUAUAUACACACCCUGCUUUUGCCCAUGGAGAGAAUCAGAUUCCAUUGUAGUAUUACUGGCCUCUUUCCCAGACCUCAUGCUAACAGCAUAAGGCACACAACUGAAUAUUAAAAACAAAUUACACCCUUUUAAAUCUUUUGCAGUUACAUGUUGCUAAUAAAUCAAUACCCUAAAUUAUUUUCUUGGUAUAUUGGACUUGGUAGACAUUUAGCAAAUGUUACUGCCAGGCAAAGCAUUGCAGCAAAUGCCAACAAAGCUUUAUAUUUCAUCACGUGUUAGUUAUUUCACAAGAGAAGUUCCCAGCAGACCAUGUAUGGACUGUAGCUGAACAUGAAAUUGUCACUGUGUUUUUCCAGCAGAAAAUCUGCAGGUGGUGUUUCUAAAUAUAAGCUAUAUCUCAUUGAUGAGCAGAAGUUGUUAGUGACUAAACAUCAGUACAAUUUAUUUUGAAAAAAAUAGAGGAACAUGAACUGCCUAUAUGACUAAUUUAUUUCUGAAUUGUAAAAAUAACAUACAUCUUCUUCCUGGUGUUUUUAAACUCCAUUCUCGUAACUGCUUAGGCUACAGUUUUUUUUUUGUUGUUGUUGUGUAAGAUGUAGCAUUUUUCACAUGACUUUGUUUAACUCACAUUUAGUUGUAUUUUUUUUUUUAAAUUAAUGUCAUGCCUCUAAUAAACACGAUUUUGUCGGCAGAGUCAAAUUGUUGGGUCCUGCCUUGAUGUUCCGACUGUUUCCUGGUAUCUCGUUUCUGGGGACAGCAGGGAAUUGACCACAAAAAGUGUAGCGUGAACACAUCAUUAGACUUGCAAGUGCUGCACUUAGGGCACUAGGACCCUGCAGACAUCCCUGAAACAGUGCUCCCUGCAUGGUCUGCCCUCAGAGGCGGACUGACUAGCUAAUCCUCAGGGCAGACCUGCACUCUUUCUGGAUGUUGUCCUUCACUUGAUAAACUAAGGAUUUUUUUUCCUUUCCAUUUUAGAUGCACUUUGUAUCUAAUACCAUAUAGAUACACUCUGUGUACGUGUAUGUAUUUUCAUGUAUUAAACACACUGGCAAAGAGACACACUCAUUAUCAGAUACGGACAUACAGUCACAAUGUGUGUCUGACCAGGUGUAUUUGUCUGUUCAUAUUUCUAAUUGUGUCUGUCUGUGUGUAGAUGUCUGACAUCGUGUAACUCUGUAUGUGCCUGAGAAUGUGUGUCUGUGCGCAUGUGUAUGUCUGUGUGUAGGGUAGCUGAUUGCAGUGUGUUGUGUGUAUGGAGGGCUGCUUGUGGUCUUUGUGCAUUGUGUUUAUAAUGUGGCUAUGUUUUAUGUGUGUAGGUGACUGUGUGUAGGAGAAUGACUUUCUUCAGUGGGUGACUGUGACAGGGUGAGUACGGAAUGACUGUUGUAUAAUAAAUGUGACAAGGAGAGGGGGUGAGUGUGACAGGGUGAGUAGGCUGAGAAAGCAUCUCAGAACUGGGCAGGGGAGAUCUACCUCUAAAGAUCUUUCCACCAAUCCAUGGUGCUGCAGGGGGUGACAGUAGAGCCAACACUAUAAAGGGACAAAUUGCAAACUAAAUUAAUUUGUGUAAAAUACAUUUUACUUGCAAUAUUAAGAAUCCUGUGUACAUGGUUCUGUGGUAUGGUUGCAUAACCUGGGAAUCGUGUAUACAUGAGUCUCGUAGUGAUGGUGUUAAAUAACCAAUGCAACUUUUUUGCAUGUUUUUUACUCUGCAGCAUGACACAUUGCUGAGGACACAUCACUGAGGAUGCGUAGGGGCAUAUGAAACUUGACAUACAAAGGGAAUAUUGACAAUAUUAAAACAACAACAACAACAACAAAAAAGAAACAAUUUUUUUUCAAAGAAAUAGCAUUCAACAGAGAGUGACAGUAAUAGCCAGUAUGGAAAUGUUAAAUAUAGCUGUUAGCUGUGUUUUCCCCAAAAAACCCUAUGGCUAAGGGAAAUUACUGACAUUUCCAUGGUAGCUGCUCAAUCCUAACUCUUGUUAAAACCUUGUUAACCACAAAAACUUUCUAUCUUAAUUUAUUAUAGUUGGAGCAACUGUAAGGUAAGGCAGCAACGUAGGACUCGGGAGUUAGACAGGGGCCCCAGGUGCCAUAAAGAUUAUUAUCCAAACUUGGCUCCUUUCGGCAAGAGUGAAUGGGAGGUCCAACUGGUAGCUUGCCAUUUGGGAUUCGAAUGCUUCCCUUUGCUCCAUUAAAGACUAAAGAUUUUCUAAACUGCUUGUCAUGAGAAAAAAAAACACCCAAUACAUAGUUAAGACAUGCCUAAAAUCUCCGUACGGAAGCUCAACUCACCAGUUAACAUUGGCAUAAACCUUUUAGUGCUGCAGGUAAGAUAUCACACUGGAAUCUAGAGUGGGGUGUCUCUCAAUAUGCCCCCUAUGUAGCAAUCUUAUUUCCUUUGUUCUCUAUGAGGUUUUGCUUGCAACCUAUAGUUUUCUGGACUUAGUAAAGUGUUUGUUUUUUUUCAAAUAUUUUGAGGCCUUCAAGUGUCAAAUGCUUUGUUGUAUAUUCUCUUGGCGUUUAAAAUUUAAUUAAACAGCUCUCGUUCCUCACUUUUACAAUCCUGAAGUGCCAAUUAUCCUCCUGUUUGCCAAGCAGUUCAUGCUCAGUCAUGUAUCCUGCCUGUAAAAAUGUCUUCAAAAACAUUACUCUCAGGCUGCAAACCGUGUUUCUAGGCACGGCUGAUUAUUUGUUUGACUAUAUUAAUUAUUAAACAAACAAACAAUGCAAUGACCAUAAACCACUACAGUUCGACUUCUUACCUGGAGUCUAUCGGGGGCCAUUCUCGCCUCUCACAGUUUUUGCAAAAAGAAAUGUAAUGUUUACAUUUCUCUUCACCAUAAGCCUGGCUCGCUAGUUUCCAACUUUCUAAAAAAAAUAAUCAGCUUGUUAUGUCUCUAUGAUUGCAUCCUGCACAGUUCCACUAAACACAGCAUUUACAUUACCGUGGUAUGUGUACAGGGAUAAGGAAGUUUUGUUUAAUAGACUUGUGCAGAGAGGGAUUUAUAAUCGUACCGGUCAUUUCUAUUUGUGAUCGGUACAAAUUGCGAAUUGAAAUGCUGGUUAUUAUAGAACGUGACUCAUUUUGCCGCUCUCCGUUUGGCCGAGUAGUUUGAGUUAGGUGAGUUAAAGGGAUGGAGUGCAUGUAAAUUAUUAAUGAUAGGCUAUCGUCCAAAUUACUUUUUUGUAAUAUACUUCAGAACGGAUUUUACUAUUGUAUCAGUGGUAAAAAUCCAUGCAACAUCUUUAAUCUCGGGGCAGUUCAAUUUUAGAACUACUGUAACAAUCCUAAACUGUUACAUGAUCCCACUGCACUAUGACCUAUAUACAGUGGCUUAGAUUAAAGUUGCUCUGUAAAUUAUAAAUUAGAACCUAGGGAUUAAGUGCACAAAAUGAUGAUUCUCAAGGCAUGGUAGUCUAGAUUGCAAUACAGGCUACUUGAUAUGACUGUAGAUGCUAUGAGACCUCUGAUUGGUUGAUUGUGAUUUGUAUAAAUUCAUGCACAAAGUAAAUUUACAAAUUAGGCCAGGGAUGCCCGAAAGAUAGAUCCCCAGAUGUUUUAAAAUUACAACUUCCAAGAUGCUUUGUCAUUCUAAAAGCAUUCUAAAGGAAUGCAAAGCAUAAUGGGAGUUGUAGGUCUACAACAUUACAACAUCUGGGGGGACAACGACUAUCUUUUGUGCACGUCUGUGUUAGGUUUUCCUUUGGGUAAACCAAUUUCCCUAUGUGUGUGUGCAAUAAAUUUUGAUGGCUUGGCACUCUCCUUUAAGUAAUUCAUUCAAAAACGUGCCUUGGUUCAACUCCCAAUGCGUCCAAAAUAUAGAAUUAAGUGAUCCAGGAGGCACUCAUAGGUCUUCAAUUAGCAAAAUGUGAUUUAUUGUAUUCAAGUUACAUACAGUUGAUAGAUCGACGUUUCGACCCUGCCGGGUCUUUCUCAAUAUCGUCUUAAGAAAGACCCGGCAGGGUCGAAAUGUAGAUCUUUCAACUGUAUGUAACUUGAAUACAAUAAAUCACAUUUUGCUAAUUGAACACCUAUGAGUGCCUCCUGGAUCACUUCAUUCUAUAUAUAUAUAUAUAUAUAUGAAAGGAGUGUAGAUAGUCAUCCGUAUGUUACACUAGAAGUUGAACCUUUGUGUCUUUGCUAACAAGUGAUCUUGAUAAUUUCUGGCUAUGGAUUUAGUAGGCCUCACUGUAUGCCAAAUUGUAUUUAAUUUCUUUGAGUAAAUGCUGUAUGUCAGUUAAUCUUCGGGUUAUAGCAAUCCUCUGAGGUCUGUUGGAAAUCAUAUGAUUCCAGUUUCCACCUCUUCUGAAAAACUCAUUUCAGCAUGCACGCUAGAUUUAUUUUGUCAUGCAAAGUAAUUUAUGAACACUUAAGUAGCAGACAUUAUCAUGUGAGUUAUCAUGCCAUCACUUUAUCCUUCCAUGGUAAGAUUCUUGGCUAUAAUAUUUUGAGCUCAGCAUAGAUCUGGGUAUAUGGGGUGUUAUUUGAUUAAACGCCUCUAUGUAAAAUCAAAAUGACUCCCUAAUCUACAUUACCUUGGUAGUAUAGUUUAGGAAGGAAUUCCAGUUACAAAUUUCCUUGAUCUCCUAAUUAAAGAAUAUUGUGCUGGUUAGGUUACUAUCUACCCAAUUCCUAUCAACUGUGCCCUUUAUCUCCCAUCUACAGCCACGUGUGUUAAAUACACAUCCCUCUUAUUACACCAGAACUCCUGGAGGCCAGAAAUCUUCCUUGUGCAUCACACCGGCUUUAACACACAUGUAAGGACUCCAAUUGCUAUGAAUACUAGCCAGCAUCGGGAGUGUCAAGGCAAGAAUACCAAGCUCUGAGGUGAGCAGACCCGCAGGACAUGCCUGAACAGCAGAAUAUUAUUUAAUAAGGACCCCUUGUGUUUGAUAGAUCAUCAGUGCCAUCCAUAACUCCAUAACACAGAAGUAUAAUAAGGUCACAGGCAAAAUAAAUACACUUGCUGUUGUUGUUGGCUUUAUUUAUUUAUUUAUUUAUUUUUUGUGCAGUUACAUAGCCAAAUUGGGCAAAUCGCAAAUUAGUCCAUAGCAUUAAAUUUGGACACAUUUCUUGCUAGCCCCACUUCUCAGUUGGAGCAAUUUAGUAGUCCACAACUUCUUAUUUACACCACAAAAGCACUUUUAACAUAUUUAAAGGGACACUCCAGUACCAGGAAAACGAGCCCUUCAGGAUCCUGCAGUGCUCCCCUCCCUCCCAUGUUGCUGAAGGGAUUAAAACACCUUCAGUGACUUACCUGAAUCCAGCGCCGAUGUCCCUUGGCACUGGGCCAGGCUCUGCCCAGACUGACGUCAGCGGGGGAGACCUAAUGCACAUGCGUGGCAAUGGCUGCACACGCGCAUUAGACCUCGCCAUAGGAAAUGCUUUCCUAUGGGGAUUCCGGUGACGCUAGAGGUCCUCAUGCAGAGCGUGAGGACGUCCAGCGCCAUUUAACAUUUCGUGUUCUAAAAAGCCGGAAGUCCCUCUAGUGACUGUCUGAUAGACAGCCACUAGAGGAGGACUUAACCCUGCAACAUAAUUAUUGCAGUUUAUAAAAGUGUCCCUUUAAGCCAAUGCUUCUGGUAAUAUAUAUCUGCAUUAUAAAAAAUUACAUUUGACAUGGUGUAUAUUUUAUUCAAGGUGUGUGUGUGUGUGUGACCUGUAGAGUGUAAGAGAACUAUUUAAAGGGAAACUAUUGUGCCAGCACAACAAAGUUGUUUUCCUGGCACUAUAGCUACCUAUAGUGCUCCCUCCCUCACCUUCCAUCCUCGCUCGCUAUGCAGAAGGGGUUAAAAAACCCUUGUGUCACUUUUCUGAUUUCAGCACUUUUCUGAUGUCCCUCUGCGCUGAUUCAGGCUGCACCUUCACUCGCAUUAGGGAUUUCCUAUGAGGUUUCGGGUGACGCUGUUUGUCCUCAUGCCUAGCGUGAGGAUCUUCAGCGUCAGUUAGGUGACCAAAAGUUGCCUAACGACCCAGAAGUCCCUCUAAAGGUGGAGUUAACCCUGGCAGGCAAUUAUUGCAUUUUAUUAAAAACUACAAUAAUUGCCACUGCAGGAUUAAGGGACCUGAGACACUGCACCCAGACCUUUUUAAUGAGCUGACGUGGUUUGGAUGCCUAUAGUGUCCCUUUAUUAAUUUGUAUUCAGUAAUGUGCUUGGUGUGCUCCUGAAAUUGGAUUUACUUAGUUUUAAAGUGGAUGGUAAAUGUAAACGCGUAUUGUGAAAAUAAAAUACAUAUUAAAAUCUACAAUAAAAUGUGUUAAGAUGGACAACUAAUGUAAAACAGUAUGUACAAAAUUAGAUACAACUAACACAGCCACAAUCUGUUAGCACAGCUUGGGGUAAAUAAAUAAUUAUUGGCUCUACAAAGUUUACUUCAGAGCAAUUUGGUGUCAUUCCCAAAAAAUUGAAUUCCCAAUGUGACAUAGUAAUCCAGACUUUUACCGUGCAUUAAAUUGCUGCUGAAUUUAUUAAUUAUGGAGCAUGCUUCGGAUUUCUAUUAUUUUCCCUACUGAUUGUAGAUUUACAUGUCAGGUUCCUGUAGCCACAGAAUUUUGAGGUGCUUUCUGCUCCCCCUUUAAAAAAGUAAGUUUAAUGUAUUUAUCAACUUGACAUUGCAGUCAUGAAAUAAAUCUAAAAAACUUAAUACGAUUUCACAACUUGUAUAUUGUAAUAUGUAUGCAUGUGUGCAUGUAGAUUUGUAUAUAUGUAUGUAUGUGCACUUUUCCUCUUGCAAUUUGUAUUUGAAUAUGUGACUAUAGUGAGUGUGUGCUGCUGUGUAAUGCAUGUAGGGUUAAAAAUAAAGUUGGAAGUGGUUAGGUUAAAGAGGGGGUUCAGAUUAUACAGUGAUUAAUGUCAGAGUUAGAUUACAUACAGUGUGUAGUGUUAAGUGGAUUAAAAGCUUAAGAGUGGUUAUAGCUGUGGUAGUUUUUUUAUUUAUAAUUAUUGAGUUUAAGAGUUAGAGUGGGGUUGAAGUUAGUUUUAAGGGCCACAUGACGUGUUAUUUUUAAGAGGCUUUUCUUUUCUCCUAGGUUUAGGUUUUGAGUACUUAAAUUUGGACUAAGGAAAGAGCCUGUGUUUUACACCCUCUGUAACUGUUCCUACAGUUUGUGCUGUCAAGCAGAGGAGGACAGAGAACAUUGGCCAAGGCUCCUGUUGCUAAUUGAGGCUCACCAGCCCACCAAAACUCCCAAAAAAAUAUAUCACACUUUUAGUGCUAUAGAUAGACAGGUGGCUGCUCUGUUUAAAGGGACACUAUUGGCAUCCAGACCACUUCAGCUCAUUGAUGUGGUCUGGGUGCAGUGUCCCAGGCCCAUUAACCCUACAAUUCUAAUGAUCGCCGUUCUUGAUAAACUGCAAUAAUUACAUUAGAGGGUUAACUGCAUCUCUAGUGGCUGUUUAGCAGACAGCCAUGAGAGGGACUUCCGGGUGGUGUUGCCUAACUAAUACUGGACGUCCUCACACUUUGCGUAAAGACAUCCAGCGUCACCCAAAAAUUAUACAAUUCUUUCCUAUGGGGGAAGUCCUAAGGCGAGCGCUGUGCUCACCGCGCAUGAGCAUUCGGUCCCCUCCAUUGGCUGACCAGGAGCUGAAGAGGAAUGUCAUGAAGACCAUGGUUAACAUUGCCCCCUGCGGCGAUGGCUCAAAAAAAAAAAAGGUUGAUAGGAAAAAAGAUGGUUCAUGUUUAAGGGACAGCCACUAAAUAUUGCAUUUACAGCUCAAGUGAGAAGUGACCAAUAGAGGCAAAAAAGGAGGACCAGUAAAAAAAUAAAAUAUAUAUUUUAUAUGUUAUAUGUUUAAUAAAUAAUAUGUGAAUAUAGAUUUUUUUUUUUUUUUUAAACUGCUCCUCCUCUUUUUCUACCAACCUAAUAUUUAUAUUCAACAGUAUACUGAUUGGCCCAUGUUUGGUUUGUCCAAAUAGUUUUACUAAAUUAUUUACAAGGACUAAAAUUGGCAGAGCCGAACGAACCUAUGGACGUAUUUUGGACUACUUGAGCAUUUUUGUUUUCAUAUGAAUUAUUUUGGCCAAACCGAAGUCUACUGUAUACACCUAUAUCUGCCAUAAUUAAAGUUUUUCGAUACGGGAUGGUUAUAUAGAAUUCUCCUGGUUAUUUUAUUACCAUAAUCUUUUACUUUGUGUCUUUAUGAAAAAAAGAGUGGUUAUAUCAGUCUUGUGACCUCUGUUAGAGCAAUCUCACUUCACUCAUUAACACAAUUCCACAUUACUGACUUUGAUUUAUUUUUUAUUUUUUUUGUUGCUUUUUGGAUCAUUCUCUGUAAUUAGACUGUAGAGCGUGAAUAUCCUAAAAGAGGUUGUCUCUGUUUCUACGUUUCUGGAAUGUCUGCCACCAACAGGCAUACCAUGAUCAAAGUCGCUUAAAUCACAUAUCUUCCCCAUUGUGAUGUUCAAGUGAAUAACCACUAAAUCUCAUAAUUAUAAAUGCAUGCUUAAUAUCAGCGUCACUCUUGUGAAUUACAGGUUUUGAAAUCAUAUCUUGCUAAUUUAAAUAACAGACAGAUUAUAUUGUUUUAUAUGUAUUUUCCUUUGUUUUUGCCCUGUUAAGUGCACAGUUGUUUUUUUUUUUUUUACUAGAUUAUUAAAUACUGCAUAUCUUCCAACAUUUCAAAUGAGCAGAGAGGGACACUUUAAUUUUAGAGAGUGUGAGUGGGGGUGGGAACUGGGGCCGGACAGUUCUGAUACAUUUUAGGUGGUUUACUAAUAACAGUUUAUGAAAUUAAAACUUAAUUUACCACCAGUUACUAUCCGUCACUUCCUCCUAGCCUAGAGUCCGGGAGGGCUGUGAGCACACACAAGGUUCUGAGAGGGAGGAGGGAGCUCUUCAGGCAGUCAGCUGCAGACUCUCAUCAGCUGUAGCCAGCCCCAGGAAGUCACCUCUUUGCAACCAAAAGGUAUGGAAGCAGGGGGGUGAAUAACAAUAUGUAAAUUGUAACUUGUGCUUGCCAGUGUGUGUGUGUAGGUAUGUGUUAUUUGUGUGUGUACAAGUGUAUGUGUCUGUGAAGGUAUAUGUUUGUAUCUUUGUGUAUGUGUCUGUGUAGGUAUAAAUGUGUAUCUGUGUGGGUACAUGUCUGUAUCUGUGUGUUAGUGUGUUUCUGUGUCAUUGUGUGUGGCCACAUAUGUUAAAUAACAAAAUAGUUACUAUAUAUAAACACGGUAUACAUAUAGAUAUACAGCCACCAGUGGCGUACACACAACCCAUGGGGCCCCGGUGCGAAAACUGAUCCGUGGGCCCCUCCCCCCACGCUUACUCUGCGUGGGCCGGGGCCGCAACAAAUGGCGGCGGGCAAUUGGCUGCAGGAGUCGCAGGGGUCGCAGCCCGCGGUAUGUACGCCAGUGCAUGCAGAUACACAUACACUUAAAGGACCACUACAAACACCCAGAUCACAUCAGCUCAAUGAAGUGGUCUGGGUGCCAGGUCCCUCUAGUUUUAACCCUGUAGCUGAAAACAUAACAGUUUAAAAAAAAACGUGUGUGUUAGAGUGUGUGUGUGUGUUAGUGUGUGUGUUAGAGUGUGUGUGUUAGUGUUAGAGUGUGUGUGUGUGUGUGUGUUAGAGUGUGUGUGUGUGUGUGUGUGAGUGUGUUAGUUUGUUUGUGUCAGUGAGUGUGUUAGUUUGUGUGCAUCUGUGAGUGUGUUAUUUUUUGUGUCAGUGAGUGUGUUAGUUUGUGUGUCAGUGAGUGUGUUAGUUUGUGUGUGUCAGUGAGUGUGUGUUUUGUAAGUGAGUGUGUAUGUGUCAGUCAGUGAGUGUGUAUGUAUGUCACUGAGUGUGUGUCUGUCAGUAAAUGUGUGUGUCUGUUAGCUAGUGUGUAUGCGUCUGUUCCGCGAUUCUCACUGUGAAAAUCACAGAGAGAAGACGCUGAACGUCCAUAGGAAAGCAUUGAGUAAUGCUUUCCUAUGAGCGGUUUGAAUGCGUGCUGCGUGAGGGAGCUGAAGAGGAAGCACUCAGGGGAGAGUGCUCCCUCGCGCGCCCGCCUGCCAGGGGACACCAGGGCCAGCCUCGGGGGGCCCUGAGGUGGCCGGCUCCUGGGCCCCCCAGGAGAAGAGGCUGACCACUGUGGCAUACAUACCGGGUCGCAGGGUGGCCGGACCCCCUGGUGGGUGUACGCCACUGACAGCCACCUUACAAAAGUGUACCUCACGAACACUCCAGUAUAAAACCAACACAAACAGAUAUACACCCCAAUAGGGGAAGUAUAAAAUGGGGGGUUGAGAUACGGGAAAAUAUACAACCUGAAAAUCAGGAUAAUAUGGUAGUAAUGUAGAAUCUAAAAAUAGAGAGCUCAAUAAGGUGAAAUACAUUUGGGUGAUAUAUCAAGUGGAUUUAAUAGAGAAUCCUCCAAUCCUGGGAGAUAGAAUGAUUUGUUGAGCAAUGGUACAAAUAAAUAUUUUCCAUAAUAUUAAAGGGACUCUCCAGUGCCAGGAAAAUAAUCUGUUUUCCUGGCACUGCUGGUCCCCUCUCCCUCCUACUAUCCAUCCCUGGUUGCUGAAGGGGUGAAAACCCCUUCAGUCACUUACCUGAGACCCUCGAUGAUGUCUCUCGGCAGUGGAUUCUGCUCGCCGCUGCUCCUCCUCUUCCUUACGUCAGGCGGUGGGCGAGACUGAUCCCGUCCGCCGGCUGAGGAGACCUAAUGCGAAUGCGCGGCAAUGCCGCGCACGCACAUUAGAGCUCUCCAUAGGAAAGCAUUGAAAAUGCUUUUCAAUGCUUUCCUAUGGGGAAUUGAGCAACGCUGAUGGUCCUCACACAGCGUGAGGACGUCCAGUGACGCUAUAGCACACGGAAGUGCCCUCUAGUGGCUGUCUAGUAAAGUUUUUUUAUAAACUGCUAUAAUUACCUUGCAGAGUUAACUCCUCCUCUAACUCCUCCUCUAGUGGCUGUCUACUAACAAAGCCAGCCACCAGAGGAGGAGUUAGUAGACAGCCACUAGAGGAGGAGUUAACCCUGCAAGGUAAUUAUUGCAGUUUAUAAAAAACUGCAAUAAUUACACUUGCAGGGUUAAGGGUAGUGGGAGUUGGGACCAAGACCACUCCAAUGGGCAGAAGUGGUCUGGGCGCCUGGAGUGUCCCUUUAAAUCAUUUCAAAAGUUUAUCCAAAAAUGUAGAAAUAAAAUCAUGUAGAAAACUUAGCCAACAAUAUUAAUUAAAUUGAGGCAUUAGACAGACUGACUAAACACAUUUAGUUUAAAGACACAUUACCAUAAGUAUUAUUGCUGCAGAACUCAGAACUACAGAACUCUUCUUUAGGAGAGACCAGAGUGAUAGAGUGAUUUGGGCCCCUCCUGAACAGUGAAACUUGGAAGAUAUGAUGCUGAGUCCACUGAUCAGCCACAACAUCAAAACCACCUGCCUAAUAUUGUGUAGGUCCCCCUCGUGCUGCCAUAACAGAUCUGAUACACCGAGGUAUGGACUCCACAAGACCUCUGAAUGUGUGCGGGGGUAUUUGGCACUUUGCAGACAUUUGCAACAGAUCAUUUAGGUCCUGCAAGUUGCAAGGUGGGACUUCCAUAGAUCAGAUAUGUUGUUCCAACACAUCCAACAGAUGCUCAAUCAGAUUGAGAUCUGGGGAAUUUGGUGGUGUAAAGCAACACCUUGAACUUUUUGUCAUGUUCCUCAAACUAUUCCUGAUCAGGCAUAACAUUGCCUCCUCCAGCUUGGCUUGUUCCCAACUAGAGGUAUUCCUUAAUGCAUCCUGCUGCCAUCUCUUUCCCAGGUAAAUAAUGAUGAUGCACCUAGCCAUCAAUCUGAUCUAAAAGAAAACAUAAUUCAUUUUUUCCAUGGUCCAGCGGUGGAAAGGGGUCAACAUGGGCAUUCUGACUGGUUUGCGGCUACACAACCCCAUACACAGUAAACUGUGAUGCAUUGUGUGUUAUGACACGUUUCUAUCAUGUCCAGCAUUAGGUUUUUCAGCAAUUUUAGCUACAGUAGCACUUCUGUGUAAUCAGACGAGACGGGCUAGCCUUCGCUCCCAAUGUGUAUCAGUUAGUCUUGGGCACUCAUGACCCUGACACCAGUUUACUGGUUGUCGUUCUUUGUACCACUUUUGGUAGGUACUAACCACUGCAUACAGAGAACACCCCACAAGACUAGCCAUUUUGGAGAUAUUCUGACCUAGUCAUCUAGCCAUCACUUUUUGGUCCUUGUCAAAGUAAUUCAGAUCUUUUUGCUUUCCCAUUUCUCCUGCUUCAAACACAGAAAAUUCAAGAACUGACUGUUCACUUGCUGCCCAAUAUAUCCCACACCUUGACAGAUUCCAUUGCAACAGUAUAAUCAAUCUUAUUCACUUCACUUAUCGGUGGCUUUAAUGUUGUGUCUCAUCAGUGUAUAUUAUUAAAGUUUUAUAGUGACAAAUUGCAAAAAAUUAUUUUUUUUUUGCUUGUGUAAACUGGCAUCUUGUUUUAAUUUUAGGCGGAUGAAACCUGCAAGUGCAAUGGAUGGAAGAACCCAAAUCCCCCCACAACACCACCUAGGGUGGAUUUACAGCAGACAGUGGUUAGCCUCACUGAACCAUGCCGUAGCUGUUCUCAUUCACUUGGUAAGAAAAAAAAACAACACCUUUUUCAACACCAAUGGAAAUAAAUGAAGAAAAAGAAAAAUUACACUUCUCUUGUACAGUAAUUGUAGAAAACUCAAUUGUCCAUUGAAGAAUUCAGAAUACAAAAAAAAAACCUGUUAAACAUAUAAGUAAAACAAAUACCAUAAAUACACUGAACAAAAUUAUAAACGCAACACUUUUGUUUUUGCCCCAUAUUUCAUGAGCUGAACUCAAAGAUCUAAGACUUUUUCUAUGUACACAAAAGGCCUAUUUCUCUCAAAUAUUAAUCACAAAUCUGUCUAAAUCUGUGUUAGUGAGCACUUCUCCUUUGCCGAGAUAAUCCAUCCACAAUAUAUACAGUAAAUACUGUCCCAACAGUGUGCUUUGAUCUAUGCGUUUAAAUGCAUUACAAUAGGAAGAUUUAAGUAUUUUAAGUGGAAUACCCCUAGUUGUGAGAUAUGCCUGUUAUUCUCUAAAUCAUGUGCUUCUUAAAGACACAUUUGCUCACUAUGGUUACAAUAUUACUCCAUGUUUGUGUUUUCAUUCUAUUUUUUGCAGAUUCACUUUUUAUGUACAGGCUGUCCUCACUUACUGACUGGGCUCCGUUCUUACAACCCUGUUGUAAAACGAAUCAGUCGGUAAGUGAGAAUGCGCUAGUGAGCAUGCGCAAGAGAGCAGGUCUACAUUCGGGGGAAUUCCUCGGAAUAUAAAUCAGUUCCCUAGCGCAGGGAAUCCCACAAAUCUAUGUUCGGAGGAACUUACCUAAACAUAGAGUAGCUUACUAGCGCAGUGAAUCCCAAUAAUCUAUGUUGGGGGGAAAUUCCCCGAACAUAGACCAGCUCUCUAAUGUGGGGAAUCCAUUGAAUCCCCACACUAGACAGCUAGUCAUAAGUGUGAGCCUUUGUAAAACAGGUAGGUCGUUAAGUGAGGACCACCUGUAUACAGAAAAAAACAUAAAUAUCUCUUUAGUGAGUGCAUGCCACCAAGAAUAUGGAUGGGCAGUGCCCUGUCUAUCUGCUCAAAACUAUACUAACCUUCUCCUCAAUCUCCAUAAUGUGGCAAAUUCAGGCAAUAAUUUGGGGUGUUAGGGGCUGACGUCCUUGAUAAGGGAUAGGAUACUAGUGUUUUUAUAGUGUUUAUUGGGCAUUGUUAAUCAAAGCAGAUGCUAAUGAGGUAUUACAGAGACACUAGGGAGUGAGUGGAUAUUUAAGACAGAGAAACAGGAAUGGGGGGUUCGGGAUCAGGAAUGCAUGUUUUAAGGGAUGGCUUUGUGGAUUGGUCUUGUACACAGCCUGUUGGGAGAGGUCACCGCAUUUUGUUUGGUGCCAACGCCCCGUUGGUUUUAAAACUUAGCAGUCCCUCAUGUUACACUGUACGAAUAACUCUCAAUAAGCACACAUGCAUUUUUUUCUAUUUGUAAUAUUAUAAGCAAUUCAAAUCAAAUGAUACUGAGAUAGAAUCAUAUGCACCAUCUUUAACCAAUACUCACCAUGAUCUCCUCUAACUUUCUAGUGUCAAAUGCAUUGUAUCUUCACUCUAAUACCUUUCAGUGUUUAUCAUCUACAAAGCAUCAAAUUAAAGUAUGUUCUUUGAAUUUUUAAUGUUUUUCAGCCUCACAUGUAUCACAUUUAGAGAAUGUGUCAGAAGAAGAAAUGAGCAGGCUUUUGGGAAUUGUGUUAGAUGUUGAGUAUCUGUUCACAUGUGUGCACAAAGAAGAAGAUGCUGAUACCAAACAAGUAUAUUUCUAUCUAUUUAAGGUACUACAUGAUACAUUAUAGUUAAUACUCUUAAUUGAAUGUUUAACAGAAUUUGCAAAGAUCCCUUAAAGUGACAUUCACAGCAGCCUGGUGUAGGAGCAAAAGUAAGAUAUACUUGCCUGAAGCACUCUCUCUAAGGCCUCUCCAUCUUUCUUAUGGGGACUGCCUUUGUUAAGUGUUAUAUAAAAUCUAUAUACAUUUUAGAACAACUUUAAAAUGACACUGUCACAUGCAGGAUCUUUGUUGAUUUUGUUUUGCAAAUAUUCCACAAUGUGUCAUGUGUGCUUGUGUGGACGCUCCCAAGUAGGGAGCAGAUAGAGAUAAAUACUUACCUCAUUCUGUUCCUCUGCAAUGCUUCCAUCUUUUUCGUCUAUACCUGAUGACUUUAUACACAAGGAGCUGUUGUCACUUUUGUACUCUUACACAUGUAUGAGAGUACAAAACUGAGUAUAUGGAGGAUAUUGCAAGACCACAGGAUACUCCAUAGAUAAUUUUUUGUAUCUGCAAUAAGCGACUGACAGCUGAUGGGAAAUGGCAAGGUAAAAUCUAUCUUUUGUCAAAGAUUGGCAUUACAUUAGGUAUAUCUUUUUAUUUUUCAAGAGAUUCCAAAACAGUCAAAAAGUGCUUUUCAGAGAGAUCCUAUGUGUCUGAAAACCUCAAAAAUGACAGAGCUACUUUAAUAUUCCUAAUGCUUUUAAAGAGUGCUCUGCAAAUUCAUUGCUCAUCCAGUAUUCCAAACAAUCUCUCAAUAUAUAUGAAUCUGUUGAUGGUAAUUAGUUCUCUAAAGUAUCUUGGGGAGAAUCCUGCCAGUUCCCAGAUUCAGAGAACAGCAACUUGUGUUUGUACAAAAUUGUCCCCUUUUGUCAAGUAAAUGCUUUAUAUUGUUUUGCUUUAUUUUGAGAAUGUGACUUUAUUUCUUAUUUUUUAUUUGUUUUUACUUACAGCUGUUACGAAAGUGUAUUCUACAAAUGGUAAAACCUGUGGUGGAUGGAUCAUUGCAAAGUCCUCCAUUUGAAAAACCAAGUAUUGAACAGGUAAAAAUAGUGAUACUAUCGCACCGUGGAUGUGUAUUUAUAUAGUUGUAUAGUUCUAUAAACAUUCUGCACAUGGUCCAAUUCUAAGUAGCAUUCAUUCAAGAAUUAAACAUGUUUAUCUGUUUUUAACUUACAUAGGUUUCUCAUCCUGUAGUAUGUGUACCCAAGGGGGUACGCGCACCAAAAGCAGUGGGUACGCUAAGAGCUGCUAGACUUACCACCUUUGAGCCCCCUAUGACACUGCCAGCUGUGCGUUAAGCCAGAGUAACUGUCUACCUUGACAAAAUACCGUGUCUGGCAAAGGAGUUUUAAUCUCUGUGCUCUUCCAGCACUGCUCCCUCCUGCGCCCUGUGAUGAUGUCCAGAGUAUGACAUUACUCUGGUCCCAGCAUUACUAAACAGUGCACGAGAGAGCAGAGCAAGAAGACCUUGAAAUGACAGCACACUAGACCCCAGGGAAAGUAUCCCCAUUGGAACACAGGUAUAGGAUCCAUUCCAGCUCUCCCAAAUGUAGGGAGGCUGGGUGGACUUAAAUAAAAUAGUAAAAAUAAAUAUUUGAGUGUGUGAGAGAAUGUGUACGUGUCUGUCAGUGAGUGUGCCUGUCAGUGUGUGUAACAUCCAUGAGAGUGUCUAUCAGGGUGUGUCAAAUUGGUGAGUGUGUGUGUGUGCCAGUAAAUGUCCCACCCUUUACGUCUACUUCUCCCCCAUGCGUCUACUUCUACUCCCACACGUCUACUUCUCCCCUCCUCCUAUACGUCUACUUCUCCCCUCCCCCCAUAUGUCCACCCACUUCCUCACACACACAUGCAGACACACACAUACAGGCACACAUACACAUACAUACAGAGGCACACAUACAUACAGGCACACACACACAUACAUACAUACAUACAUACAUAAAUAUAUAGACACAUUCAUACAGAUACACAUACAGAGACAUACAUACAGACACACAUACAGAGACACACAUACAGUAACACACACCUGCAAAAUGUUCAAGUCAACCUCCUGUUUCCCACCUUUUUGGUGCAGGAGGGUGACUUUCCCUGGGGUCCAGUGGUGGCUCAGUCUGAUAAGAGUCAAAGUUCCCACUCUGACUCCCUCUCCUUCCUCCCGCGCCUCUCUCUCUCACAGAUCCAUAGUUAUGCCCCUUCUUGGUCUCUUCGCUCUGCUUGUGACCUUCUCCUGUCCGUUGCUCGCACCUGUACGGCCAACUAACGUUUGCAGGACUUCUCGCGGGCAGCUCCCUUCCUAUGGAAUAGCCUGCCUACCGCCAUCAGACUCUCCCCUAGUCUUCAGUCGUUUAAGAAGUGCCUUAAAGCCCAUCUCUUUAGGAAAGCUUAUGGCCUCCCAAAGUAACCUCUUCCUUGCAUAUCUGUCUCUUGCUUUCUCCUGAAGGGCAGCACACUACUCUCUCCUGAAUCUCUGCUACACAUACACACAUACUCACACUAAUACACACACUCAAACUCAUACACACAUAAACAAACUCACACACAAGUGAUUUUUUUUUUUUUAUAUAUCUCCAGCCACCCUCCUGUUAGCUUACCUUAUGUGCCAGGAGGGUGGCUUGGAGUCCUGCUGCUGUGGGAGCGAGAGGUCUGGAGCUCUUCGUGCUCCUGUCCCCUCACGCUGCGGCUGCCUCCUCUCCCUCCUGCACUGCCUCCCUGCAGGAUGCUGGGAGGAAAUGACAGGCUGUCACUUCCUCACAGCCAGCCGAUAUUACAGGGGCCCGGUCGCGGUCUUAAAGGACCGCGGCACUCAAACGGGUCCCUGUUGAGCAGUAAUGUUUCCAAUGGUUCUAUAAUCAUAGCACCAGGGAAAUAUUCCAUGGCACCCCUGUGUACACAGUUUGGGAACCUCUGGUCUAUACUAUUAAAAGGAACACAACAAGCUCUUGUGCCAUUGUAAGUAAUCAUACUGUUUUAGAAUAAGGUGACUUCUUACUUGGAGUCCACUACAUGCUGCUUCCCAUCUCCUCUCAGAAGCCAGGGGAACUGGAAGCUUCUUCUUAGGAGCUUACUUUAGCUCUCCUGAGCUAUGUCCUACAAUUCAGGGUCAGCUAAAUGGCUGAGAAUGUCAGCUGAUCGCUCUCAUUCAAUGAGCUAAACCCUGUACUGCUGGACUGUCCAGCUGGUCUCGAGGCUGCAGUGGAGGCAGAGGCUGGCACCUGGUGAAUCCCAGGUAAGAAAUCAAACCGUUCUAAAACCAGGUCACUCCCAACACCAUAACCACUACAGUGCACUGUAGUGGUUACGGUUCUUAAAAUGGUUCUUUAAUGGUUAAUAUUGGCACCCUAGAUAUUGUUGAACUGCAUUCUGUUGUUACACAGCUAGCAUAAAGGUGCCACAUUUGGACACAGUUGGUUCGUUGUGUUUCAGUAUGACUGGAGAGAGUGGUAUUAUGUGUACUUGGGCAAGGAGACAUGAGGAAUUUCCUGCUUGCAGCAUAUUGAUGCACUAAGGUUAUAUAUAUCAUUUAUCAAGCUGCAAAAGCAAAUGUGCACAGGGCAAUGUUUUGUUCCAUUUUUUUAAGGCUGCUUAUUUUAAAAAAUGAGUGCAACAUUUUCUGUCUUAAUCCAUCACAAUGUUUUCAGAGUGCUUGUUCCAAUUUAUAUUUCCACUUUGGUAAUAUUUUUGCUUGACUUGAUUUAUUCAUUUAACAUUCCUAUUCACAUAACUGCACAAUUUCAAAACCCAAAAUGCUGAAUCAAGAGUCUGUCAUUGCUAAAUUAUUACUGCUCCACUGCUGCAACAUACAGGUUAGAUAACCAUUACAAAGGAAAGAUUUGGAAUUGUAGGGAAAAAAAAUCCCUUAGUGUCCCAGCAUAUUAAUCAUUCUUAACUGCAUUCUCAGUCUCCUCGCAAUAAACAUGCCAGCGGUAGGUGAUUGUAUAUCUAAUAAUAUGUCAUUUGUAUCAUGAUUUCUAGCACAAAAAGUAUUUGGGAGCUAGAGAGUAAUUUAUUUCAUAAUGAAAAUAUUUGGUGAAAAGUAAAUUUUUUUUGUACUUGAACUUGUACUAAUAUUAAGUAAAAUGCAGUCAGGACCAGGCAAACAAUGCUCCUUAGACAGCUGUUAAUUGAAAUUAGAAUGGGGACUCUUUUAAAUAUAUAUAUAUAUAUAUGUAUAUAUAUAUAUAAAUGUAUGUAUAUAUAUAUAUAUAUAUACAUACAUACAUACAUAUAUAUAUAUAUAUAUAAUUCAAUUAGGUUAUGGUGGGGAAAAAUUGUGAUUGAAAACCCCUUCCACCUGAAGUAUGUGGAUAGUUAAUACAAUGCUAAACAAAAAUCUGCACACCAGUCAAGCCAUAAGACUUGCUUUUCCCACAGAAAUCCCAAAUCAGCAGUGAUGUUACAACCGCAAAGGAUUCUGGGUGGGCAUAUGCAAAUUAGUUUAACAAAGAAUCACAUUUUUGCCUCAUUCCAUUUUAAACAUGGAUUCCUUUUAAUUUGUGUUUGCAGUAUACAACUGCUUGGAACACAAUUUAGGAUAAGAUGCAAAACCAGUGAACCACUCAUGGACAGCUGUUUCGUUGUUAAUGCAACUCUUCAGCAUGAGGUUGGUUACUGGUUUGCUUAGUAAGGCUUGGUAGUGCUUGGGAAGCAAAAUUCAAUUAGGUUAUGGUGGGGAAAAAUUGUGAUUGAAAACCCCUUCCACCUGAAGUAUGUGGAUAGUUAAUACAAUGCUAAACAAAAAUCUGCACACCAGUCAAGCCAUAAGACUUGCUUUUCCCACAGAAAUCCCAAAUCAGCAGUGAUGUUACAACCGCAAAGGAUUCUGGGUGGGCAUAUGCAAAUUAGUUUAACAAAGAAUCACAUUUUUGCCUCAUUCCAUUUUAAACAUGGAUUCCUUUUAAUUUGUGUUUGCAGUAUACAACUGCUUGGAACACAAUUUAGGAUAAGAUGCAAAACCAGUGAACCACUCAUGGACAGCUGUUUCGUUGUUAAUGCAACUCUUCAGCAUGAGGUUGGUUACUGGUUUGCUUAGUAAGGCUUGGUAGUGCUUGGGAAGCAAAAUUCAAUUAGGUUAUGGUGGGGAAAAAUUGUGAUUGAAAACCCCUUCCACCUGAAGUAUGUGGAUAGUUAAUACAAUGCUAAACAAAAAUCUGCACACCAGUCAAGCCAUAAGACUUGCUUUUCCCACAGAAAUCCCAAAUCAGCAGUGAUGUUACAACCGCAAAGGAUUCUGGGUGGGCAUAUGCAAAUUAGUUUAACAAAGAAUCACAUUUUUGCCUCAUUCCAUUUUAAACAUGGAUUCCUUUUAAUUUGUGUUUGCAGUAUACAACUGCUUGGAACACAAUUUAGGAUAAGAUGCAAAACCAGUGAACCACUCAUGGACAGCUGUUUCGUUGUUAAUGCAACUCUUCAGCAUGAGGUUGGUUACUGGUUUGCUUAGUAAGGCUUGGUAGUGCUUGGGAAGCAAAAUUCAAUUAGGUUAUGGUGGGGAAAAAUUGUGAUUGAAAACCCCUUCCACCUGAAGUAUGUGGAUAGUUAAUACAAUGCUAAACAAAAAUCUGCACACCAAUCUUAUCCGAAAUUGUGUUCCAAGCAGUUGUAUACUGCAAACACAAAUUAAAAGGAAUCCAUGUUUAAAAUGGAAUGAGGCAAAAAUUUGAUUCUUUGUUAAACUAAUUUGCAUAUGCCCACCCAGAAUCCUUUGCGGUUGUAACAUCACUGCAGAUCUGGGAUUUCUGUGGGAAAAGCAAGUCUUAUGGCUUGACUGGUGUGCAGAUUUUUGUUUAACAUUGUAUUAACUAUAUAUAUAUAUAUAUAUAUAUAUAUAUAUAUAUAUAUAUAUAUAUAUAUAUAUAUUAUCAACAGCAAAACACAUUUCUGCUUCCUAGCCAAAGAUUCUUAGAGAGGCAUUCUAAGUACUAUAACCACUUCAACUCAGUGUAGUGGUUAUGGCGCAAAGAGCCAUCCCACAUUUUUUGUCAAAAAAUUUAGAGGGAUUUAACAAAAACAAUGGCACCUAGAGCUCGUCCAACUUUUCAACCAUGUUGGUAAUAUGGACCUUACACAUCCGCUUUAUUGGUAUCAAUACCAUCUACAUAGAUGGCAACAAUUUGUUGUGAGUGCCAUGCUUUCGUUAUUCUAUUUCUCAAAGUGAUUCGUAUGAAUGCAAUGUGUGUUUAACCCUUAUACAGCAUAAGGCGCAGCACAUGCACUAAUUAAACAGAUGUUCUAAUAGUGGUAAAAUGGACAUGAAUCAAUAGGAGGGGAGGUUCUUAUCCCAUAAAGCUUAUAAUCUAUGCCAUUUUUAUUUUUUCUCCUUAGGGUGUAAAUAAUUUUGUGCAGUAUAAGUUCAGCCACCUUCCAACAAAAGAAAGACAAACUAUUAUUGAGCUGGCUAAAAUGUUUUUGAACCGCAUUAACUACUGGCAUCUAGAAACUCCCUCCCACAGAAGGCUGAGAUCACCCAAUGAGGAUAACGCAGAUUACAAAGUAAACUACACAAGGUAAUAGAGAUAUAUUUAUUUACUGAGGCACUGUAAGCAGCACAACCACCACAGUGUGUUUUUUCCCCAAGAGAGCCUUGUCUGAGAGACAUGGUGUGAAAUGAAUUGGGAGUCUGGGCUUGCAAAAUAUUAUAUUAUUCCUCUCCCUUUACCCCUUUCCUCUUAUAACUUCCCUCAUCUACCUCUACUGCUUCUCCUUAAUUUCAUCCAGAUUCCUUAAUUCAGAAGUGUCUGUCAGAACACCAUCUGGGAACAUUUGAAGUUAGAGUUUUGAUAUGUUGUUAUUAUUAUUAUUAUGUUAUUAUUUAUAUAUUGCCAACAAAUUCCGCAGCGCUUUACAAUGGGUGGACGAACAGACAUGUACAGGGAAUGCAGAAUUAUUAGGCAAGUUGUAUUUUUGAGGAUUAAUUUUAUUAUUGAACAACAACCAUGUUCUCAAUGAACCCAAAAAACUCAUUAAUAUCAAAGCUGAAUAUUUUUGGAAGUAGUUUUUAGUUUGUUUUUAGUUAUAGCUAUGUUAGGGGGAUAUCUGUGUGUGCAGGUGACUAUUACUGUGCAUAAUUAUUAGGCAACUUAACAAAAAACAAAUAUAUACCCAUUUCAAUUAUUUAUUAUUACCAGUGAAACCAAUAUAACAUCUCAACAUUCACAAAUAUACAUUUCUGACAUUCAAAAACAAAACAAAAACAAAUCAGUGACCAAUAUAGCCACCUUUCUUUGCAAGGACACUCAAAAGCCUGCCAUCCAUGGAUUCUGUCAGUGUUUUGAUCUGUUCACCAUCAACAUUGCGUGCAGCAGCAACCACAGCCUCCCAGACACUGUUCAGAGAGGUGUACUGUUUUCCCUCCUUGUAAAUCUCACAUUUGAUGAUGGACCACAGGUUCUCAAUGGGGUUCAGAUCAGGUGAACAAGGAGGCCAUGUCAUUAGAUUUUCUUCUUUUAUACCCUUUCUUGCCAGCCACGCUGUGGAGUACUUGGACGCGUGUGAUGGAGCAUUGUCCUGCAUGAAAAUCAUGUUUUUCUUGAAGGAUGCAGACUUCUUCCUGUACCACUGCUUGAAGAAGGUGUCUUCCAGGAACUGGCAGUAGGACUGGGAGUUGAGCUUGACUCCAUCCUCAACCCGAAAAGGCCCCACAAGCUCAUCUUUGAUGAUACCAGCCCAAACCAGUACUCCACCUCCACCUUGCUGGCGUCUGAGUCGGACUGGAGCUCUCUGCCCUUUACCAAUCCAGCCACGGGCCCAUCCAUCUGGCCCAUCAAGACUCACUCAUUUCAUCAGUCCAUAAAACCUUAGAAAAAUCAGUCUUGAGAUAUUUCUUGGCCCAGUCUUGACGUUUCAGCUUGUGUUUCUUGUUCAGUGGUGGUCGUCUUUCAGCCUUUCUUACCUUGGCCAUGUCUCUGAGUAUUGCACACCUUGUGCUUUUGGGCACUCCAGUGAUGUUGCAGCUCUGAAAUAUGGCCAAACUGGUGGCAAGUGGCAUCGUGGCAGCUGCACGCUUGACUUUUCUCAGUUCAUGGGCAGUUAUUUUGCGCCUUGGUUUUUCCACACGCUUCUUGCGACCCUGUUGACUAUUUUGAAUGAAACGCUUGAUUGUUCGAUGAUCACGCUUCAGAAGCUUUGCAAUUUUAAGAGUGCUGCAUCCCUCUGCAAGAUAUCUCACUAUUUCUGACUUUUCUGAGCCUGUCAAGUCCUUCUUUUGAUCCAUUUUGCCAAAGGAAAGGAAGUUGCCUAAUAAUUAUGCACACCUGAUAUAGGGUGUUGAUGUCAUUAGACCACACCCCUUCUCAUUACAGAGAUGCACAUCACCUAAUAUGCUUAAUUGGUAGUAGGCUUUCGAGCCUAUACAGCUUGGAGUAAGACAACAUGCAUAAAGAGGAUGAUGUGGUCAAAAUACUCAUUUGCCUAAUAAUUCUGCACUCCCUGUAGUUGUAGCCAGACAAGUUGGACACACAGGAAUAGAGGGGUCGAGGGCCUUGCUUAAUGACAUGCUAUUACAUGCUAGAGGGAGUGGGGUAAAAUGACAAAAAAGGUAAGGAUAGUAUUAGACUAAUGACAGUUGCAAGAGAGGAAUCAGUCGGGAGCUAUUAACAGUUUAAUUGAUACGCUUUUAUGAAGAAGUGGGUUUUUAAUGAUUUUUUGAAGGAGUGGAGACUGGGUGAGUAUCUAACGGAGGAGGGAAGUGAGUACCACAGAACGGUGCAGCCCUCGAGAAGUGUUGAAGGUGAACAUCAGAGGUGGAAGUACGGACAGAAGAUAAACGUAAGUCUUCAGCAGACCAAAAGGGACUAGACAGGACAUACUUGUGUAUUAGCUAGGAUAGAUAGGUGAGAGCAGCAUUAUGUAGAGAUUUGAAAGCAAGAACCAGAAUUUUAAAUUGAACCCUAUAUCUUACAGGAAGCCAAUGUAGGGACUGACAGAAGGGUGAGGCAUGGGCGGUGCGGGUAGACAAGAAGAUGAGCUUGCCGCCGCGUUCAUUAUGGACUGUAACGAUGCAAGAUUGGAGCACAUAAAACCACUGAGAAGUAGAUUACAGUACUCAAGACGAGAAAGGACAGUGGGAUGGACCAGCACCUUAGUUGCAUCUGACGUUAAGUAGGGCAGGAUUUGGCGAUAGACUGAACAUGAGGUGUGAAGGAGAGGUCGGAGUCAAAGAGAACACCUAGGCAGCGAGCCUGCGUGGUGGAGCUGAUGGUAGCACCGUUGACUUGGAGGGUGAAAAACACAAGAGUAGCAACACUUGAGGGAGGAAAGACCAGAAUUUCAGUUUUGGUCAAGUUGAGUUUAAGGAAGUGGGCAGCCAUCCAGUUAGAAAUAGCAGGGAGGCAGUCAGAGACACUAGUCAGGAGGGACGUGGAGAUAUCAGGAGAGGACAGGUAGAGUUGUAUGUUAUCCGCAUAGAAAUGAUAUUGGAAGCCAAAGGAGCUAAUGAGUUUACUAAGGGAGGCAGUAUAGAUAGAGAACAGUAGGGGACCAAGGACUGAACCUUGGGGGACACCAACAGAGAGGAGUUGGGGAGAAGAAGCAGAGCCAGAGAAAGAAAUAUUGAAAGAGCGCUGGGAGAGGUAGGAGGAGCACCAGGAGAGAGCAAUAUCUUGUAGACCGAUAUUACAGAGGAUCAGAAGAAGCUGUUGAUGAUCAACAGUGUCAAAAGCCUCAGACAGGUCAAGGAUAGAGUAGUGACUACGAGAUUUUGCAGCAAGUAGAUCAUUGGAUACUUUGGUCAGUGCAGUUUCCACAGGGUGCUUAGCACAGAAACCAGACUAAAGCGGGUCUAGCAGAGAGUUGGACUCGAGGAAGUCUGGCAAUCUCGCAUACACAACUCUUUCAAGGAUCUUGGAUGCAAAAGGCAGUAGCGAGAUAGGAUGGUAGUUGGAUGGGGAGUUAGGGUCAAGGUUGGGAUUCACCAGUAUAUAUACUGUCGCUGUCUUUUAAAAUGUUUCUGCAAACAUUUUCUCCCCCCUCCCCCCCCCAAAAAAAAGGUCAUGAAGCAAUACAGCAUAUUACAGAGGUCAAAACUUCCAAAAAUAAUUUGCCCUAAAAUUAGCUCUAAAAUAGCUGGACUGGACACAGCUGAAAUGCAGAAUUUGCUAAAUGUAGGUAUUUUUUGCCAACAAUUUGUAAUUCCUUGGUAAAUUACUGAUGAUUCAUAUGUACUUUAUUCUAUUGUAGGAUUAUAUAAAUUAUGUAACAAGGGUCUUAUCUUUUCAUUUUCCUUUUUUCUUACUGCAGGUGGCUUUGCUACUGUAAUGUCCCGCAAUUCUGUGACAGUUUGCAGAGGUACGAAACUACCCAAGUUUUCGGGAGAACCCUGCUGCGUUCUGUUUUCACGGUCAUGAGACGUCAGUUACUGGAGCAGGCCAGACAGGAGAAAGACAAACUGCCACCGGAAAAGCGAACACUAAUACUGACUCAUUUCCCAAAGUAAGAAAAUAGUCUAACCUGAUAGGGAGUAAUGUCAUUUAACAUUGUCUUGUCUUCCACAAAAGGUGUGGAUAACACGGUCAGAAUCAGGUAGGUGUACAAAUGCCAUCUUUGUAACUUCCUUGUGAAGUCAUCGGCACAUGGCUAAAUUAAGAGAUAUAUGUGCUUGAAGUUUCUUCUUUUAAGAUGACUGUCAUGGUGGAUGUGAGGCUAUGUGCACUCAUCUGGACCACAAAGUUGCUAUACAUUUGGCUGCAUCAAUGCUUCACGAUUGCCAUUAUGAGAAGCUGAGUGUAGAAUUUACAUGAGUACAUGCACCCACAUACACUUAUUGCAGUUGAAAUGUUUCUUGCUUUUAACAGUUCUACAGUUUCAAAUAAGAAUUUAUCACUUAACUGUAAUAUACAAAGUUGCUAUACAGUUUUUAUAAAGUGAUUACAUGUCUACAAUUGUUGUAUAUUGCAAUAAUGCUAAAGGUAAGCUUUUAGAUAUGAAAGUACUUGUAUUCAUGAUAUUAAUGCAUUUAUAAGGAGAUGUGGAAGCUUCAUAUGUAACUGAAAUAAUUCUCAGGAGUCGGUUGGUGUAUGACAGCACUCCUGUUUAUCGUGUGCGGUGCAAAUAAGAGAUUGUCCUACCUACCUUUGAAGACCAAGCAUUUCAAGCCCAAAGACUUACUCCAAACUGACUGAAAAAGAGGGUGAGAAUGCCAUUAGCGUUAAGCACAAAUAAUGGCAUGUUGCGGGGAAGAAGGAAGAAAGUCUUAGCAGUUGACAGUUGAAAAAUCUGUUGAAAGUUAAAACUCAUUUUGAUGACACCAAAAAAACAAAAAACCCUUAAAAAUAUUUUGCCAUGCAAAAUCUUUAUACAUAUAAAGUUAAUUUUAUACAUACAAAGUUAUUUUUAAACAUAUGACUAUAUCUAUGAACGAUAUAAAGUUACUUUUAUACAUAUGACUCACACAUCAAUGAAAAGUGGCAUCGGCAACCAACUACCUGCUGGGUCAACUUACGGAUUAUGAUCUGCUGGUUAUUUUGUCUUCACUAUUCCUGCUCCAAACUAGAGUGGAGGUCCAGUUAAAAUACCCAAAACUGAGAAAACCAGAGUUAAAACUAGUAUUCGCCUGUUUUAGCAGUGAAAAGGUGAUGUCUAAACGCCUUUUAAAAGCAAAUAGGGCCAAUAGGGACAACAGUAACUAACCAAGUACUUAGUUAAAAAAAUGUUUUAAUAUCAAAUAAAGUAUUUACUGAAAGACAUUUACAUUCAUUGCAUAUUCCCUUAAAAUAAAAUCUGUACAUCACAUUGUGCAUACUGAGGUGCCUCUUACACAUGAUAAAAAAAUAAUGUAAUUGCAUAUUUAUCCCUCUGCCAGGUGAUUUGAAGUUGCAAAAUAUAUAGCACUUCCUAUAUACAUAUAUAAAUAAAACACAUUGGCAUUUUUUCUUAUCACCCCUCCCCUCCCCCUCCUAAGUGCACAAUGUGUAUAUUUUUAAUGCAAUUUUGAUGGAAUAAAGUCAUAAUUAUUUUUUUUUAACUGUAACAAUUGAGUCUGCACUGAAGCACAGGACCCAGUCUUCACAGUUAAAUAUGAUUUUGGUAGGAGGAGAAUCUACUCAGCGGGACUCUUGUGGUAAACACCAAUUGUUCCUCCAUUUUACUUUAUUGAUGCUGUCAGUCUCUGAACUGCAACUAAUUUAUAUUAUUAAAUAUAUAGAUCUGCCUGGCUGGACAGGGGAAGGCUUUAGUACCUGCUGUCUCGAACGCACCCUAUUCCAGGAGUGUGCGUGACGUAGUUGUGGUGGUGAAAGGGUUAAAGUUCACUAUUCAUCUGCACUAGACCGGAAGUAAUGACAAAAUCCCCCUUAACUCCACCCACACUUAAACAUAAUAAUACAACUUUUACUAUUUUAACGCUGCCACCACCAAGACAAUUUAUAAAUGGGAUGCCUUGGUCCCCCAGGUAAAUCAAUAAUAAAACCCUACCAAAUAUAGCACAAUAUCUAUGUAAUUGCAAAAUACUAAUUAGUCUCUUCAGGUAAUGGGAUUCUUUUACCAGACAAAGGCAGAACUUAAUAAAGGGAUCUUUAUUAUGAGCAUAAAAUAGUCACAGUGCAUACAAAAAUAUAGAUGAUAAAAAAUUAUUUACACCCACAACAGAUAAAAACAAAAGGGAUAAAGUACCAGAAGUGCUAAACACUCACUUAGGUUUUCAAAGUAAAACUUCUGCGCUCCGGCAAGGAAGAUGGUGACUUACUCAAAAUUAGAUUUUGUCCCCAAGCAAGUUAAAUACACACUUCAGUCUCAUUAGAGAUAUACCCUCUGGAUUACCACGCCUCACCCAGAGGUGGAGUUAAGGCGAAUCUAUAGAGACCCCAAGUGACCACCCCCUUGUGUCCAGAUCCACAUCAAUCCAAAUGGAAACAUUUGGCUCUAUCUUCUUUUAUGUACCCGCCACAGAAAUAAUAGUUGCAUCUAUGAAUUUGUUAUUAUUUUCCCAUUAUAUACAUAUGUUGCAUGCCGGACUUGCGAUCCAAUAGGACGGACAUCACAAUUCCUUCCCCUAUGGUCAAGUUAGGCCACUCAUGUUUGGGCUUGUUUAGAAGAUGGGGCUUGUCACAUUCCAAAUAUAAUAAAAAUGAGGCUUAAUUAUUAUUCUGUGAAUGUUUUUUCCUUCCUUUGCAAAUGAUACUGGAUCAAGACUAAUGGCUAUUAACAUAUCACAGAGAUUGGCUCAUUGAUCACAAGGUACAGCCAAAUGGCUGAAGCCAGCUAGACAUUCAGGCUUUUAAAAGUGUAGAAUCUCACACCCUGCAGAGCCUCGAUUAAUUCACAUCCAUAUGGUAAAAUCCUUUUCACAUUCCUAUGCAAUUCACAGUACCCCUUCUGUCAUCUGACCUCUGUGGGGGUUCCAGCUUUAAAAGAUGUAACCCCUUUUGACCUCCAUACAAUCAAAUUAACCCCUUUUGACAUUGACAAUACCAUCUUUGCCAGGCUGGCAGGUCCUUAAUGCACUACACAAAUUACAUUAAAGGACCACUAUAGUGCCAGGAAAACAUACUCGUUUUCCUUGCACUAUAGUGCCCUGAGGGUGCCCCCACCCUCAGGGUCCCCCUCCUGCCGGGCUCUAGGGUGAGGAAGGGGUUAAACUUACCUCUUUCUCCAGCGCCGGGCAGGGAGCACUCCUCCUCCUCUCCGCCUCCUCUCCUCCUCCUCGGCUGAAUGCGCAUGCGCGGCAAGAGCCGCACGUGCAUUCAGCCAGUCUCAUAGGAAAGCAUUCACAAUGCUUUCCUAUGGACGCUGGCAUCUUCUCACUGUGAAAAUCACAGUGAGAAGCACGCAAGCGCCUCUAGUGGCUGUCAAUGAGACAGCCACUAGAGGCUGGAUUAACCCUAUUAUAAACAUAGAAGUUUCUCUGAAACUGCUAUGUUUAUAGAAAAAAGGGUUAACCCUAGCUGGACCUGGCACCCAGACCACUUCAUUAAGCUAAAGUGGUCUGGGUGCCUAUAGUGGUCCUUUAAAGGACAAUAUUCCAUAGUGUAAUAAUAAAUUAUGCAUCCUUGCUGUGACACCUGCUUCUGAUUAAUAAGCUUGGUAUGAUGUUACCAUAUAAUCUAAAAAUAAAAUCAAUGAUCCUUACAUGCCCAGUCAUGAGCAGGUUAACUGUAAACCUGGUAUCUAGUACACCAAACAUUGUCAAGGUGAUACAUGUUAUACCUCACAACACCUACCUUUUAUGUACCUACAAAUGUACUUUCUUUAACUACUCAAGGAUAAGAAAUUGUGACAUAGCAUGCUGAUCAGACAUGUAUAGCAAAUGGUUAGAGGCAUGUACAUAAACAAACACAAUAACCAUUACAGCUGCAAAGAUUCUUUUUCUCAGGAUAACUCUCAAACAAAGAAAUUCUUCCAUGCACAGCUGUUACUUUUUUUCAAGAAAAAUAUGAAAUCGAACAGAUUCUAUUAUAUUUGCGAGCCGACUCAUUCAAGUUUGUCAUGAUUACUAUAAGCCAGAUCUAUAGUGCGUUUGCACAGCAUAAGCCCAAUCCUGUAAAGACUUAAUUGAAUCUAUAGUUCUGUUGUCCCAUUGUAGAUGCCUGGUUAUAUAUAUCAGUUAAUUUUAGCAAACUGCAUAUGAACUAUACAACUGAAUGAAGAAUUUACAAAAAUAACCUUUUUCUUAUUAAAUUUAAAGCAGGACUCAUGGGGUAGCCAUUUGUGGCUUUAUCAAAAGUGAUAUAUUUCUAAAACAUUUUUAUUAAAAAUCUUUAUUUAUUUGUUUUCUGUGCAGGUUCUUAUCUAUGCUGGAAGAAGAGGUGUACAGUUUAAAUUCUCCAAUAUGGGAUGAAGAUUUUAUGUCUUCAUCGUCUCGAAAUAAUGAGCUUGGAAUUCAAACAGGUAAUUUGCUGUGAGAGAUAGGGCUAUUAAUAUAUCUCACACUUCUCUAGUCUUAUAUGGGACCCACACUUAUAAGACUCAUAGAUAUAGGUUGUUAUCAUAAAAUAUGGUCCCUAAGUAGUGCAACACGUCAUGAAUUGAAUGUUUGUGUUAAAAUGUCUAAAUUCUAUUUUUGUCUUUCUUGGCUUGACUUUGUGAACUAAGAUUUAGUUGUCCACAUUGGCUGCAGACUUGCUGGUGGCUGACGAGGCCAAUGCAAGACAGGCAGAUGAAUAUUGUAGCCAUAUAAAUAUUUUAUGGACUUUGUGCAAUUUUAUUUAUUUAUUUUCAGUUUAACAAUUUUUAUUGUUUUGGGGUACAGAAAAUAGAAAAGGUGGGGGGGGGAGGCGUAAAGUGCAUAAAAUAUAUACGACACUUACAUCUCACCAGCUCGAUUUACAUUACAGCCACAACAUUGUAUCUUAUGCUCAUAAACAGCAAUAUGCAAACAUUAUACAUUAAUCUCCUUGUUUCAAUCGUUCCCCCAUGUUAACCCAGCAACCAACCUAUUGUCUUCCCUUGUGUGUCAGUGUGUUUCAACUACUAUUUGGGUCUAUGAUGGUAGACUUACGCAAUGUGUAAGGUAUUCAGGUGCUCAGGUUAUCCCCCUAUUGCGUCUACCACAUAUGCUGUUGGUUAGGCCAUGGGAAGUGUUUAGUUCACAUAGCUGAGUUCCACGGGUGUCCCGUGUUUCGUCCUAGGGUGGUGAUUGGAAAGGGUUGCUGUCAGUUUAUGCCCCCUGUCAGAAGGUGCUGUCCCUUCCUCGUCUUGUAGGUAUACGCUACGGUGUGGUUUGAUCUCCCUGGGGUCCUGUGGGUGCAGGGUGACUGGUGAUGCAUUGCAUUAGAGGUUCAAGGCUGUCACUGUAGGGAAUCAUAUAGGUAGAGUUUCUGGCCCCUUGAACAAUAUCAUGUCUAGGUCAAAUUAAAACAGUAAUAACAAAUAACUCCUAAUAAACAGAAAACUUUCAUGGGUGUGAACAUGCUCCAAGCCUAAACGAAAUCCAGAGUCGUUCUGAACUCAAUCUAAAGCCAUGUCUUGCGGAAAUGUAGUUCUAUUUAAUCUCUUGCGCCAUGGUACCGUGUGGAUUGGUCUCACUUGUUAAUGUCAUCACCGACAUAUGAUUGGACCACUGGUUGUCCCAAUGAUAGCUCCCCCGGUUGUUUUUGAUACAGCUAAGUAUGCUUUUCCACAAAUGCAUCCCAUCUUUGUUUGGCCUCAAGAUACACUGUUCUGGUGUCAGCUUGUAUGGUUGUCCUAGUAGGUUAGCAAUCACUUCUUCCACCAUUUCCCAAUAAGGAGCGAUAGCAGGGCAUGACUACCAAAUGUGGUACAUUGUCCCCAGGUCUGCACACCCUCUCCAGCACUCCCCCGGAGUCACUGGAUAUAUUCUGGAUAGUCUGUCUGGGACCAUGUUCCAGCUAUAUAAGAGUUUUCUUAUAGUCUCCAAAUGUGAGGCACAGGUAGUGUGACCCUUAUGUGCCAUAAAGGCUUUUUUCCAUGUCUGUUCUUCUGUAGUGUGACCUAAGUCCUUCUGCCAGGCCUCUCUAAAUUCUUUGGGGGUGUCAGAACUUGGUGUCAUCAGGAGGGCAUUGUUCUGUCUGAGAGGCACAUUUGUUCUAGGGAGCUAAUAUGUGAUUGAAUAGGGAUAGUUUUUAAUAAAUACUGAAGUUUGGGGAACAGCGUCAUUUGUCCCGCUGCUAGUCUACCCAACCAUGAGAGAUACUUGCUCUACCAUGUCUGGAGUGUGUCCAUGAAUGUCUCAAUUAGUUUAACAACAUUUUAUUUAAACAGGAAGGGCAGCUGGGGAGGUAUGUGCAUGCCUAGAAAUGUAAUGUGUUCUUGUCUCCAAUCAAACGUAAAUGUUUCGCUUAGGUGCUUGAAGCGGUCUUUCCGGACUUGUAUGCCCUUUGCUUGGGAUUUGGUGACGUUAAAUUUAUAAUAAGAGUUAAGUCUGUAUUCUUUGAAUCUGCUGACGCUAUAUAAAUGACGAUAAUAAUAAUAAUAAUAAUGUCCAUGAGGUUUGGAAGUGAUACAUGGGGUUGAGGUAGUGUUAGUAAGACAUUGUCUGCAAAUAAAUUUAUUUUGAAUUCCCUGUCCCCAAUAACUACUUCAUGGAUGGACCUAUGUUUCCUAAUGAUCUCUGUGAGCAGCUCUAGAGCCAUUACAUGUAGUAGGGGGUUAACAGGCAUCCCUGACGUGUCCCAUUUAUUAUGUUGAAAGGUGAAGCCCGCCGUCACUACUUGUGCGGACGAUUUGCAAUAUAAGGUAUUCAUUUGCCACAGGCUCCUGUGGGUAGGAUCAUAGAGGUCUUUAAGUGUUAGAACAACUGGGGCAUGGUUGGAACAAGUGAUCUGUCCUAUCUUGCAUUGAUUUAUUUGGUUCAUGCCCGAUCCUGAGACAAGAAAGCCAUAGGUAUUAUAGGUAUAGGUAUUAUGAACUGAGGAGAAGAAAGCGUGACCCCUCUGCCCCACAUGGGUGGCCCUCCACACAUCAUACAGGUGGUAAUUGUGAUUGAGCUUUCUUAGUGUUUUGCCUUGUUUUUUAAGUAGGCCGACAUGAGCUCUAGCUGAGGCCAGAGUUGUGUCUAUUGUGGGGUAAAACACAUAAUUAAAGUCUCCACAUAUAAUUGUGGUGCCUUGUUGGAUAUAUUGUAAUUUUAAUAUGGUUUUGUGUAGAAAAUUCAGCUGAUUGGUGUAAUAUAGUGCAUAUCGUUAAGCAUGCCCACUAUAAUAGUGUAUCUGCCAUCUGGGUCUAUGUGUUGAGAGUGUAGAAGAAAAGCCACAUUCUUAAUGGUCAAUAUUGAAGUGCCCCUAGUUUUCUUGGGGGAAGUUGCGUGGAAUUGGAACAGAUAGUCUUGUACUUGUUGCAGUAUGUUUGGGUGGGUCCCUGUCAUAAAGUGCAUCUCUUGCAAGCACACUACAUCCAUUCUCUUAUUUUUGAAUUCUCUAUGCAAGAGGUGUCUUUUCAUUGGAAAGUUGAGUCCUCUAAUGUUGUGUGAGUAUAUCCACAUGGUGAUUGGUGAUCAUGGAACUGUGUGUACCAACAUGUGUGCAAUUUUAUUUUAAAUAGAAAAGUAGAGAAGAGCUCAGUGAAAAGGCAUUUAAAAUCAGUACAAAUAAAUUGCAUUUCAGUAGGAGUAUAACCAAUAUGUGUAUUGGUAGUAGACAGAGUAGGGAAGAAUACGUUUCUCUUAUCUAUAUCUAGCAGAAAUGUGAUAGGCAGCAUCCAUUACACCAAGAGUGGCCAAUUUCAGCUAUUAAUAUUUUGUUUUUCCCUUUCAGUUAUAAGUACUCAGAUUAUUUCGAGGUCAUGUGCCACGACGGCCAGUCCCGCAUCUUUAGAACAGUCUAGCACUGGAAGCUUGAGUCCGUCAGGUAAACCAACGAGCGGCCUUGAAGCUAACUUAGGUGAGUGUUAAAAAAACGACUAUUUAUUGAAACUGAAUGAGAUGCCCUGGUGUCCUCUUUAAACAUGGAGAACAUGAUCUCAGCUAUUCAUUGUAUCUCAUAUAUUAUAAAUGACUGGCAUCACGUUCCAAGGUAGUGUGAAUCUUCAUUAUUAGGACAUCAAAGGCCCAAUUAAAAAAAACAAUAUGUGACAUUUUGACCUUAAUCAUGUAUGUAAGAAUUCCCUUUUUGUCUUUUCAGAGACUGCUAUAUUUAGUGUACCACUUUAAUUAUUAUACUGUAUUGCAUAUCAAAGGAAUGUCCUGGCUCACAGGAUAUGUGGUUAGAGCAGUAUCAAUAUGUGAGCAUGCUUUUUGCCUUUCCAGAUUGUUGGAAUAUAAUGUGCUCUCAGGGGCAACUCUAUUAACCCCUUAAGGGCCAAACUUCUGGAAUAAAAGGGAAUCCUGACAUGUCACACAUGUCAUGUGUCCUUAACGGGUUAAAGAGAUUAUUUCUAAUACAAACAGUGCAUUUGGUUAUAGCCAAGAAAUAAUGAAUAGCAAACUAAAGAAUACAGUGCCUGCGUUUGCAUUCGUAUUAUUUGAAAUCCAUGAUAGUAAUGUAGAAUUAAAAGAAAUCUGCCCUGUUGAGGGCUAAACCUGUUAAUGUGAUAGCUUCCCCAGCUUGCAAUGAAAGUUUUAUUGGAUCAAGGGCAGUUCAAUGUGAUUUAGUCAGCAAUAUACAGAGUUAAAGAGUGCAGUCAAAGAAAGAAAAGGAAAAACCCCAGAAAAAUAUGAACAAUGACUUUUUGAGUUUUUAUCUGUGUGUGCAUGUAAAUGCCAUUGCAUGCAUAUUCUAUAUCAACAAGUAUGUAUAGAUAUAUGGGAUGUUUUUAUACCAGUUGUGACAAGUCUAGAUUCUAAAAACGAACUCAUUUUCUGAGAGCAUCUUCGUAAAUUCUUUCUAAUUAAGUACCACAAUAUCUAAAUCUCCUUAAAACCUUUACUACUUGGUUCAGUUGCUCUGUACAAAAUGGUAGCCUUUCCAAAACACCCCUUCAGGCUCUUUCCACCCUACUAUUCAAAUCUGAUAAAAGGAAACAUACCACCCAUCUCCACACUACUAUGGAAGGUGUACAGAUUCACAUUAACCUUACCAGACUCCAACUUCCCAAAAGUGAUGAUGGUCUCAGUCUGAACAAUCUGCACAUGUACAAUAUGCACAAACUAUAAUGAUUGCACUGAUGGUUCAUUGGAAAACGCUGUGGUCCAUUCCCUCUUCAGCUAUUACAGCACGUUUGCAUGUGCCUAAAUGCACUGUUCCUAAUAACAUUUUCUCCAACCCCUUUUUUUCUCUCAUACUCAGAAGCUCGAAAAUUGGCUGCAAAAUCUUAGGCCUGUAAUGCAUAAUAUCAACAAUUCUCUAAUUCUUCCAAAACCCAAGCUUUCAGUAUUACAAAACAAACUAUCUUUUCAUGACAUGGGGGCAGCAAGGUCCUCAUAUGGUCAAUGCACUGAUUGCUCUUAUGGCAAAGUCUCUCAGCAACCACACCUCUCUCCAUGAAACUUUGAGCAACCAGCUUAUUUCCCUCUUUUCCUAGCUAUAAGCAAGAACCUAUGUGCUUUAUAUACUGGUGAAGAUUCAUGUAGGUGGUGGUAUCCAUUUAAUGUUUCUAGCCAUAGCUCCGCCCGCUCCUCUUACUAAAUCUCCUCAGUAUAUGGCCCCAUGCACUCCUACACUUUUCCCCUAUGAAUAUUAUUACAAAAUUACAUUUUUAUGUACCAAUUCUAGACUAUGGAUUUAUCUAAACAUAUUAUCUUAUAAGGAAAUAUUUGUAAAAUGCUCCACUAUGUAAAUGUCUCCCUCUUAUUGUCCUCUUUUCCAAACAAAGUUAAACUAUGUUUUCUGUAUGGCUUUGCUUGAAACAGGUGGUUCUAAAGAAAGGUACACCUUGUCUCCCAAUGAAAAUGAUAAAACUCAUCAACUGGUUGUCGGUAACUGUCCAUUCUCAUGACCACUCUCUUUCUGCAAGGUUCUUUCUGGCGCCCUCCCAUUUUUCCUACUACUCCAGAUAAACACUUCUUCUUUAUGUUUGGUUUUCUUUGUUUCUUUUGUCUAUAUAACUUAAUACUUUAUAGUAUUUAUUGAAUAUCACAUUAUUCACUGUUUAUUUCCUGUAUGUUCGUGACAGUCUAAAACCUGCUAAAACCUCUUUGAAAAAAUAAUCACCACUUGUAAAUGAUGUUAGUCUUACAAUUGUUUGAGCCUGCAGGUCUGGAUCUGAGUUCCAGAGCUCUAUAGAUUAAAGUACUGUCAGACGCAAUAUUAUUCAGCUUCUAUAGAGAUAUGAGAACCAGCUAUUGCAUUUCAAAAGCUAAAAUAAGCUUUAAGAACCAUGUAUUGAGAAUAGAAGAAAUUCAAAUGCAGCCACUGGGAAAACUGGUUUAGAGCAUCUUUUUUUUUUUUAUAUGAAUAUUGCUCUUUAAUUGUUACCGUAGUAGAAUUUUGGAUGUGUUCCAACCAUAGCAAAUGUGUUUUACUAUUAUAUUUGUGAUGUAACUUUAUCUAGUGCAUAAGUAAUUAAAUGUGUAUAAUGGAAAUCCACCAUAUAAGCCAAGUGACUACAUGAGCGAAGGAAGUUUAUAUUUAAAGGAAUAUAUCAACCUUUUUUGCAGUAUGGAGGUAAUGCAUUGCAAGCAAUCCUCCUUUUCUCCUGUUAUUUACACAGCCACUGUGGAAACAAUCUCAUAGAAAGCUUAAAGGGAUACUAUAGUGCCAGGAAUACAAAGCUGUAUUCCUGGCACUAUCGCUCCCUCUGCAUUCCAUCCUCUCUCGCACCCCCCCCCCAAAGGUAAAUAAAGGGUUGCAAAUGCUUCAUUGGCUUACCUGAUACCAGCACUGUUGUCUCUCAGCGCUGGGUUGCGGCUUUUCCUCUUCCGAGGAGCGGGCAAUAAUGUGCAAUCGCAGCGAGUGCCACGUGCUUAUUAGGCCUCUCCAUAGCAAAGUAUUAAAUCAAUGCUUUCCUAAGGGGAAAUAGCUGACGCUGGAUGUCAUCACGCAGCUCGUGAGCAUGUCCAGCAUAAAUUACCAGACCAAAAGUUCGUUAGGAUUCAGACUUAGUGCUGCAAUGUAAACAUUGCAAUUCUCUUGAACUGCAGUAUUUUACAUUGCAGCACUAAGUGCAGUAGGGAUACUGUACCUAGACCAUUUCAAUGAGCUGAAGUGGUCUGGGUGCCUACAGUGUCCCUUUAACUGCAAUUAGUAUGGUGUGUGCACUAUAUCCUUGCACACUCUACACAAGAACUUGCACAACAAAGAGAAUGCGUAGGUUCCUCCUAUGACAUCACAUAGCAGAGGUGGAUGUAUGACUGUAGCGUUUAUUUUAAAAUACCCGAGACUGUAAAGAACAGAAUAAAGGGAGACAUUAAACAAGGACGUUUUUUUUCAUGAUAAUCGGUGCAUGGUGUUUUGUUAGUUGUGAUACUUGGAAUGUUCCUUUAAUUACCAUCUGUUUGUGCUUAUGCCCAUUUUUUUUUUUUUUUUUUGUUUUGAGGUGGAUAAGUCUUUCAAUUAUUUAAGCAUACAUUAUUUAAGACCAUACUUUUUUAACAGGUGACAAAAGGAAACUCAAUGAACCUAUUGCCGGGGAAGAAUAUAAGAAGCCAAGGGUUGUAGGUGAUAUUCCUCUGGAACUGAUUAAUGAAGUUAUGUCCACGAUAACGGACCCGGCUGCCAUGUUGGGUCCAGAGGUAAAUCUCAAUGUACAUGGUUCAAAAUAAAAUAGCCCAUAUAUGAACAGUAUCAGAUUGCUUAGGGAAUGCACAGUGUAAUGAUAAAACACUCAUGAUUCAAGUGCUUUAUUAUUUUUACUUUACGAUCAGAAUUUCCUUCGAUUUUUUUUUCUAUGUGUAAAAGUACCACAUGGUGGUAAAUAAUAAACAGUAAUGGUAGUGGCAAUAAAGGUUUGUUUCAUGGUACACGAAGAACAUUUUUGUGUUCUGAAUUACUAAUACUUUUACAGUGCUUCUCUGAGCACAUAAAUCAACUAUAAACAUUUUAAGCCACAACUAUUCGUUUCCUAUGUAUAUGGGAAGUGAGUUUACACAUGCCAACUAAAAGAAAUAUUACACUUUACAAAACAAGCCAUCUGAAAAUAUAAUCAAGUUUUUUGGCAUAAAUUUUGGCAUAAAACUUGCAAUUCCUUUUGGUUUAGUGAAUAAAAAUUAUUAUUAUUUCUAUUUAAAUGCAUAGAAAUGUGGAAAUAUUUGUAUUGCUCACAACUUUGGUAUGGAUAAAGUUAAACCCUAUUUUUUUCCCGUUGGCUUUUAAGACCAGCUUUUUGUCUGCAAUUUCGGCAAGGGACGAGGCAGCCAGACUGGAGGAACGAAGAGGAGUAAUAGAGUUCCAUGUGGUUGGCAAUUCUCUAAACCAGAAACCAAACAAGAAGAUCAUGAUCUGGCUUGUUGGCUUGCAAAAUGUUUUCUCUCAUCAACUGCCUAGGAUGCCUAAAGAGUACAUUACACGACUCGUCUUUGAUCCGUGAGUUGAUUAGCUAUCUAUUGAAGAAAAUGUGUAUGUUUUUACAUAAUGAAUAAUACAUUUCAUUCUGUGUCUAUUUUAAGAUAAAAGCUGCAGGUGCCAGUACACUCCCACUUCAUGCACGAAUAAAUCUACAUUUAUUUAAUUUAAAGGUACACUAUAGUCCCCAAACAACUACAGCUUAUUGUAGUUGUUCUGGUGAGUAUAAUCAUUGCCUUCAGGCAUUUUAAUGCAAACAUAGAAAAUGCAGUGUUUACAUUACCCCCUAGGGACACCUAUAAGUGGCACUCCUCAGAUGGCCACUGGAGGUGCUUCCUGGAGCAGUGCUGCACAGUAGGCAGCACUGCCGUUCAGUGUCUCCACAUUCUGCAUGGGAAUGCUGAAUUUUCCUCAUAGAGCUGCAUUGAUUCCGUACAUCUCUAUGAGGAGGUUCUGAUUGUAUAAAACAGUGUUUGACCCCACCCCCAUUCCGCCUAGUUGCCGAUUUCGGCUAAAAAUUGGCAAUUAUGAUGAUGUCACCAAGGAGGCGGAUCGUGGGUGGGACCAGAGCCGGCGGACUUGCGCAGCGCUGGAAAUAUGGUGAAUUUUCAACUUUUCUAAGGGGGUUAAAGGGAGGGCAAGCCACCUAAAUGGUGGAUUAAAAACUAUAGGAUCAGGAACACAUGUUUGUGUUCUUGACCCUGUAGUGUUGCUUUAAAGGGCAAAGCUAAGCUCCAAAAGCAUUAAGUGAUUUGAAGGUAUAAAUGUUGCCCGUGUAGCCCUUUGAAUAAAAACAGUACCAUUUUUGAGAAAUGGCUCUAUUUAUAUAUUGCAAUUUACACACUUCUUGUGGCGAUCCCAGGGAACCAACCAGGAACCAAAAUUGGGAUGGUCCCACAAGAUCUGGGACCUGUUCUUAUGAAUUUCACUGCAUCAGUGCCAUCAAUGACGAUCCAGCACUUGACCACAGAGUAACAGAAUUAAGUUGAUGACGUUCCACGUGAGUGUUUACCUGCCAUCUGCAGGGGACUCAGGCUGUCAGUGUGAACAGUGAGAAAAUCAGACCCAGUGUUUUCAGGAGCCCUCUAAUAAUGCCCCCGAUGAACAAUAAGAUACCAUAAACAAUAUGACACCCAAAAUAUAUUCUGGCACAGAAUGAUGUGGGGCCCUACUAUUGCAAGGUUACACUUAACAUUUAGAGGUAAUUAAGAAAGAAAAGUAUGCUGCAUACAAAACAGAUUGCUCUGCCAUAUCUUUUGGAGGUAUACAGUGGCUAAGCCAGAAGCUAGGUGAAGGAGUUGGACAGUCUGACAGAUCUGUACAGCAGCUGAAUAAAGGGUAAAUGGUAAUCCUUUUUCAGAAUGGGCAGAUUUUCAGAGAGAGUUUAUAGCUGACAGUGCAUGGUAAAUGUAUAUAAACAAUAUGAAAACAGAGCACGGUAUCAAAAGUAUGAGCUGAUUUAAAAAUAGUGUGGAGACCGAACAUUGUAAAGCAAGCAUGUCAAACUAAACUCAAAGUCUAGCAUGGGCCAAAUAAACAAGGUUUAAGUUUAUGUGAGCAGCAAACAAAACUUAAAUUGAUAUAGAAACGUAGGUUUAAGUACAGAAUAUAAAAAAAACAGCAUCCCCAUCUAAUAAACCACAGCAGCCCCCCCACCCCCUACUAAAUACCAGCACCCUCCUCUAGCCAACAAGCAGACUCCACUCACAUUGCCGCUGCCAGUAUGCGACUCCGGAGUCCGGUCUCUGGUAUAACCCAAAUGGCGCCAUCCACACCCCAAAGCAGAUACUCCUGCUACUUCUUGAAACCCUGUGAAGGUGGAGCACGUUGGAAUGUGACGUGGCGUUGCGUGCCUCCGUGCACCUCCAGGUCCUCCACUGUCCAGCCGUGACCAUUGCAACACUGACCGACACACACUCACUAACACACAUACACACACACUGACAGACUCACUGACACACACACUCACUGACACACACACAGACAGACACAGUCACUGACACACACAUACUCAUUGACACACACACUCACUGACAGACAGACACACACACACUCACUGACACACAGACAGACACACACCACACUCACUGACAGACAGACACACACUCACUCACUCACUUACUUACAGACACACACUCACUGACAGACACACACACAUUUACACAUUCUAGCACACACUCACACCAUUGUAUUUAUCCAUGGGGAUCUUCUAUCUGGAAAUCUCCUUCCUGCUACUAACUGCUCCCUUGCACGCAGUUUACUGAUGCCGGGUGCCCGAAUAUGCUGUCAUAUUCCUGCACCCGGCAUCACUACAGACGGUGAUAAGUAAGACUGAGCUCCUCCAGUGAUCUCUCCUCCCGGCCACUCAAAUUUUAGAAGAGUAGGCACCUGCAAUGUGGAGAAAGCAGGUGUCUACUCUGCUUUAACACUAAGCAUGUACUUGUUGUAAAACAAGUAUAGAGACAGGCUCAAGUAUGAGAUUUCAGAGGAUAAAUGCAGCAUGGGUAAAAGUUGAAGUAGAAGACAGUGAUUUUCUCUCCUCUUUUCUAGAAACCCCUUAGCUCCCAUAUAACAGAUGUUUUGAGUGUAAAGAGCUUUGGCUUAUAGUAAGUAUUCACCUAGUUUUAUAAUUUUAAUGACUGUACCCCAUAUAUAAACAAAUAAUAUGCAAAUUGAUUACAAUUUCCUACCAGUCACGUAAUUUUAAAACUGCAGUAUUUUGCUGAAAAAUUUCAUUUCCAUUUAUAGGAAACACAAAACCCUUGCUUUAAUCAAAGAUGGUCGAGUAAUUGGUGGAAUCUGUUUUCGGAUGUUUCCAAGUCAAGGUUUUACAGAAAUAGUAUUUUGUGCAGUUACUUCCAAUGAGCAAGUUAAGGUAAGGUCUUUUAACCAAUCAAAGACUAGAAACCAUGCGUGACCUGUGCAUGUAUACAUACACACAUACAUACAUAUAUAUAUAUAAAUAUAUAUAAUAGUAACAUACAUAUAUAUGUAUUUAAUAUGUUUAAUCUCUGUACUUAUUCAUUAUUCCAUUCAUAUGCUGCUUGGUUUCACAUGUAAUAAUCUGGUUCCUAUUUUGUACCGUGGAUCAUGUGUGCAACAUUGUUAGAUGUGCAGGAAUACUAUCCUUUAAUGUUUAAUGUUUUGUUGUUAUAAGUGACUCUGGGUUCAAUUUAAUAACAAUUAACCCCUUAAGGACACAUGAUGGAAAUAUUCCGUCAUGAUUCCCUUUUAUUCCAAAAGUUGUGUCCUUAAAGGACCACUAUAGUGCCAGGAAAACAUGCUUGUUUUCCUGGCACUAUAGUGCCCUGAGGGUGCCCCCACCCUCAGGGUCCCCCUCCCGCCCGGCUCUGGGGAGAGGAAAGGGUUAAAACUUACCUUUUUCCAGCGCUGGGCGGGGAGCUCUCCUCCUCCGAUCCUCCUCUUCUCCUCCCAUGUGGCUGAAUCCGCACGCGCAGCAAGAGCUUCACGCGCAUUCAGCCGGUCACAUAGGAAAGCAUUCAUAAUGCUUUCCUAUGGACGCUGGCGUCUUCUCACUGUGAAAAUCACAGUGAGAAGCACGCAAGCGCCUCUAGCGGCUGUCAAUGACACAGCCACUAGAGGAAAUAGGGGAAGGCUUAACCCAUUCAUAAACUUAGCAGUUUCUCUGAAACUGCUAUGUUUAUGAAAAAAUGGGUUAACCCUAGCUGGACCUGGCACCCAGACCACUUCAUUAAGUGGAAGUGGUCUGGGUGCCUAGAGUGGUCCUUUAAGGGGUUAAAGUCGAUCAAUUAUUGUAGAUAAUUUGGAAUGUUUUUUAACUGUAUUAAAUCACUUGGAAAGCUUAUUAAAUUGAGGCCUCUGUUAGUUGUUUAGUAUGCUGGCAGAGCUUGAAGAAUGCUUUGUUUUUGUUUUUGUUUUUUUCAGCAUGAUGUGGCCCCUCUGUACCUGCACUCACCACAAGACAAAUGAAAUUAUAUAACAAAAUAUAAUUUUAAAUGUUAGUUCAUCCACACAGAUAUCAACAGAUGGAUUCUGAUACAGGCCUUGAUUUAAUAUUUUUGGAUAUGUUUUUUUUUUUUUAAAGGAUUUUAAAUUAAAAAAUAUAUAUAUUUUUAUAUUUUCAUAUUUUUCAUAUAAUGCAAACAUUUUUUAAACAUGAUAUAUUUUAGAUUUUUACGAUUUUGAAAAAAAUAUUUUAAAAGUUUAUUUAAAAAUAUUAAAUAAUUUGAAAAGCAAAUAAAACAUAUUAAAGAAAGGCUGAAAUUCUACUUGACCAUUUGUUUAUUGUAAAGUUCAUCAUAGCAUUAAAUACAUACUGCACAUUUAUACCUUUUUUUUCUUUCUACAAAUUGAUUGAUUGUGAUGUUUUCCUGCAGGGCUAUGGAACUCAUCUGAUGAAUCAUUUAAAGGAAUACCACAUCAAACAUAAUAUUCUCAAUUUUCUGACUUAUGCAGAUGAAUAUGCAAUAGGUUAUUUCAAAAAACAGGUAAAUAUGUUUUUAGUUGCUUAAUUCAGCACAUUUCUAGAACAGACAUUCUUGUAAAUAAUCUGUAUAACCCAAAUAAGUCUAUAUGUUGCCUCCAAAUAACUAUAGAUGGAGAUGUUAAAAGCAUUAUAAUAGUCAUUCAACACUUUUAUUUAUAUAGAGCAUGGAUGUCCAAAAGUGGCUUGUGGCUGGCAAAGUACCAUGGGAGUUGUGGUUCUUGUGGUAUCCAUCCUGACAUUUCCAGUUAUCGUCUAUUUCUGAAUUCACGAUUUCAGAACGAUUAUUUUAUUAUUAUUAUUAUUAUUAUUCACGAUUAUUUCUCAACUUGGCUUUAUUUGAACCUUGUGCUGGAACCAAAUAUGUACAGACUGCUUCAAAUAUAGAACUGUAAAUAAGAUCAGUUCAGGUUAGAACAUCAAAAAUUUAGACCGAAAAUCUUGAAAAUGUGUCCAUUUACACAAUUUUAUUCUAUAAUUUGCAAGCACUGUUUUCAGUCUCCUACAAAUCAUGGUUUAUACACAACCCCCCAGCAUUUUGCAUCAGAAUUGUUCAUUGAACAUAUAGACUAUGUUGUAAAAAUAUAUGUACUUUAAAAUAUCAAUAAUCAAAAAUGUUUACAUUUCAUAUCAUAUAACAUUUAUGUUUUUUUUUUUAAAAUAUAUAUAUAUAUGUGUGUAUAUAUAUAUAUAUAUAUAUAUAUAUAUAUAUAUAGUAUGAAUUUAAAAGUAUCUGCCACUAGCUGGAGUUAAUUGUGGAAGGCAGUUUAUUAUACAUGGCAGCGCUUUCAUUUCUAUGCCAAUUACACAUUAAUAUACAAAAGAUAAAGUAAAUACAAAAGGGGCAAAAAAAGACCUGCAUAACUUAACCUGAAAUUUGUAUGAAUUUCUUUACUAGUUAAAGGAACACUCCAAAUAUCAUAACCACAUAACAGCAUACUGUGGUGGUUAUGGUGCCAGGAGUGCCCUGGUGCACUUGUGACAUUUGCUAAUGAUUUGACUUCUUACCUGGGGAUAAAACACUCCCUUUUCUCUCAAGUGCAAGAGCAUUUUGUUGUUGUUGUUACUGUGCAAAUUAUAACUGUUGGAAUAUACAGAGAGAUACGAUGCCAACUCAAGAUAGAUAUAAGGCUUCUCGAGAUUGACUUAUAUUAUUACAUAUAUAUACACAUUCCUACGGUGGAAUCUUUUUCAGUCCGAGGAACGCACACAAAGGAUGUCUGAACUUGACAGAUAUGAUUGAUAAGAAUCUUAAAACUGCUGAAGACGAGUGUUUUCAUGUCAUUUGACUUGGAGAUGGGAGGUUUCCACUCAGAGACACUGAUUGCUUCCUGCUAACUUUAGUAGCUAAAAAAGAUAUUUACUUCAAAUAAAACUCUUUAAAUAAAACAAGGCACAAAAUACAUGUUUUGAUUCUAAUGAUAGUCAGAUGUAAUCUAUUGAAUUUAUUAUUAUUUUUUAGCAAUUACAAUCCGCCUGCAGCCUUUAGCUAAGCCAGGACUAUCAUCACCCAACCUUUUUUAAAGAGGGUAGAGUUCCUAGGAGUUAAAGGCAUGCUUAAGUGACUUUAACCAUUUAAUCUCGUUGAAUUGGUUACAGUUCCUGAAGUUCUGUGGCUCUGUUCCUCCAUUCAGUGUUAAACCAUUUUACAUCAAAUGAGGGUCCCUGACCAUCCACAGCCUGCCCCCACCCCCUUCUGAAGGCAUGGCUGAGGCAGAGGUUACAUACUUUCUUCUAGCCUUACCAAUUAACAAAGCUGUGAUUAGGCUAAAGUGCUCAGCUGACACUCCUAGACAAUCACAACCACCCAUUGUUGCUCAGGCUAAUACUUAUACUUGCAUCCAUAGAUGGGUUAGGAUUCUGGGGACUCUUGUUUACUAUUAAAACAUUAAAAAUGGUUUAAUGCUGAAUGGAAAAACUGCACCAAGGGAUUCUAGAUACUGUAACCACUUCAAUAAGAUUAAACAGUUACAGUGCCUAAAGUGUCCCUUUAAUGCUCAGUUCAUCGAUGACAAAGUGUCAGGUCUGUUUACACUGAGCUACCUCUAUAGGUUGAUGCUACAUGUAUUUCAUAGACAUAUAUUUUGUUUUGUAGGGUUUUUCAAAAGACAUAAAAGUACCUAAAGCACGAUAUGUUGGAUAUAUUAAGGAUUAUGAAGGCGCUACUCUAAUGGGUUGUGAAUUAAAUCCCAGGAUCCCUUAUACAGAGUUUUCAGUCAUCAUCAAGAAACAGAAAGAGGUAGAGUAUUUUAUGAUGAAAUUUAACUGUACAUGUUAUCAAUUAAUCAUUACUUGUGGUCAUCACAGGGAAUCAAUGCCAAAUAUUACUAUUUUGUGUAAUAGUGUUGUUAAUAUUUAUAUAUAUUUAUCAGUAUGUAUAUAUAUAUAUAUCUCAAUAUACUGUAUCGCCUCAAAUUUUACACCAUAGAAUCAAAUUAAUUUUUGAAACCUGGAAGCAGAAAAAAUGUUUUAACUAGCGAGUGUAAUGUGCAUUUGUACAAGAACAUACUUCUAUACCAAAUUAUGCAUUAUUAUUAUUUUUGUAAUUUUUUUUUUUUUUUUUUAUAACCGCUCCUUGUAGCUCAAAUUGCUCCUCACUCAACAACCGAGUUUAGUUCCUACAAAAUUGAAAAAUCACUGGCGAGUUUUGAAAUUCACUGGCGAGUUUCAAAUUUUACCGGGUAAUUUAUUGGAAUCUAAUGCACAUUCACAUUUUGGAAACGUUAUUUUGCCAAUAAAGAUGCACAUGAAAGUUGAGUAAAUACCUGUAUAAGUAAACACAUAUAUUGGUGCCAAAAAAGACCAUGGUGAGACCAAACACAAUAAAACUACCGUUGUGCAUAAUCUUGCUUCAUUUGAAUGAUUUAACCCCUUAAGGACCGAGGACGGUUAAGGACCGUCAUCGGCAUUUUUGCCUUGCCGACCGAUGACGGUCCUGAACCGUCCUAACGGUCUGGGGGUACUUACCUGAUCGCCGUCGUUCCCCCGGCGGCGACCAGUGUUCCUCCGGUUGUGGGGAGACUGCCUGCAGCCCAGACAGUCUCCCCACGGCAGAUUAGGACCCCUGUGGCCAUGUGAUCGCUUAACACAGCGAUCACAUGGUCACAAUAGGUGUCCAUGUGUCUGCCUGCAGGGGACUGUCUGUGCUGACAGGCAGUCUCCCUGCUUGUGUAAAAUCAGAAAAAAAAAAUAAAGUUAGUGUUAAUUAAAAAAAAAUUAAUAAUUAUAUAUGUGUAUAUAUGAUAUAUAGACAUAUAUUAUAUCUAUAUAAUAUAUGUCUAUAUAUCAUAUAUAUAUAAUGUCAUACUAAGUGUAUUUUUAUAUUAAUAUGUACUUAUAUUAAUAUAAAAAUACACUUAUAAUUAAAUUACACACUUAUAUAUAUAAUAACUAUAUAUAUUGUAUAUAUAUAUUAUUAUAAAAUAUAAAUAAUAAGUAAUUUAAAUUAAAUAAAACAUUUUUAAAUAAUAAUAAAAAAUUUAAAAAAAAUUAUAUAGCUAUAUGAAAUUUUAUUCUAACUGUAUUUUAAAAUUAAUAUAUAUAUAUUUAUAUCAAAAUAUAUAUAUAUAUAUUUAUAUCAAAAUACACUUAGAAUGAAUUUGUAUAUAUAUCUAUGUAUAUAAAAAUAAUAAGAAAUAUACAUAUGUCCAUAUACAAAUUACAUAAAUAAUUAUAUAAAUAUACACGUAGACUUCAAAUAUAUAAAUAUGCAUAUAUAUUUAAAUUCUACGUGCGUAUUUAUGUAAUAUUUUUACAUAAUUCAGUAAUUUUAUUGAUUGUAAUUUGAGGGACCUGCCUGCCAACCCAGGCCGAAAUUCCAGAGAAUUUAAUUUGCUAGCACUGUAUUUUACCCUGUAACGUUCUACGACACCCUAAAACCUGUACUGUUUUACUCGGGAGACUUCGCUGAACACAAAUAUUAGUGAUUCAAAACAGUAAAACAUAUCACAGCGAUGAUAUUGUCAGUGAAAGUUACUUUUUUGCAUUUUUCACACACAAACAGCACUUUUACUGAUGAUAUAAUUGUUGUGAUACGUUUUCCAGUUUUUAAACACUAAUAUUUGUGUUCAGCGAUGUCUCCCGAGUAAAACAGUACCCCCCAUGUACAGGUUUUAUAGCAUUUUUGAAAGUUACAAGGUCAAAUAUAUGGGUCAAAUAUUUUACAUUGAAAAUGGCCAGGUUGGUUACGUUGCCUUUGAGAGCGUAUGGUAGCCCAGGAAUGAGAAUUACCCCAUGAUGGCAUACCAUUUGCAAAAGAAGACAACCCAAGCUAUUGCAAAUGGGGUAUGUCCAGUCUUUUUUAGUAACCACUUAGUCACAAACACUGGCCAAAAUUAGCGUUCAAUUUAGUUUUUUUACUUUUUUCACACACAAACAAAUAUGAAUGCUUACUUUGGCCAGUGUUUUCGACUAAGUGGCUACUAAAAAAGACUGGACAUAACCCAUAUUGAAUACCCUGGGUUGUCUACUUUAAAAAAAAUAUGUACAUGUUGGGUGUUAUUCAGAGAUUUAUGACAGAUAAUAGUGUUACAAUGUCACUAUUGAUAAAUUUUAAAAAUGUAUGUUUUGAAACCGCAAUAUCCUACUUGUAUCUAUAGCCCUAUAACAUGCAAAAAAAAGCAAAAAAGCAUGUAAACACUAGGUAUUUUUAAACUCAGGACAAAAUUUUGAAUCUAUUUAGCAGUUUUUUUCAUUCGCUUUUGUAGAUGAGUAAAAGAUUUUUCAAGUAAAAGUCAAAAACAUGUAUUUUUUUCAAUUUUUCAUCAGAUUUUUGUAUUUUUUUUAAAUUAAAAUACAUGAGAUUAUAUAAAUAAUGGUAUGUAAAGAAAGCCCAUUUUGUCCUGAAAAAAACAAUAUAUAAUUUGUAUGGGAACAGUAAAUGAGAAAGCUGAAAAUUACAGCCAAACACAAACACCACAAAAGUGUAAAAAUAUUCCUGGUCGCAAAUGUACAACAUCGCAAAAACAGUCCAGUCCUUAAGGGGUUAAGGUUGAUUGAAUGGCUGUUCCCUUCACCAAAGGCCAAGCUAUUUGACUUGUUCUCUGCUCUACUUUCUCUGCUCUUUGUUGCUAGUCAUAGUUUAGAGAGAUCUAGUUUAAAAAAAAAAUAAAAAAAAAAAAUUAGGAUUGAGAUUGAAAUAUUAAUAAAACUCUCAUGCAAAUACCAGUACAGAAAGUCAUAAUUAAAGGAACACAAACUGAAACACAACAUUGGUAUUAAUUGUUAAUGCUUACAAUUUUUUUUCUUAAAAUCUAGAAUUGAAGGUAUCAUAAAAAUUGUGUAAUAGUUUCCUUUUCAAUUUGAUUAGUGGUGUUUAAAUCAUUAAUCAGAAUUUGGCAGAUUAAGUGAUUUAGCAGACUCUCCUUUAAAUAAAUCAUGCAUUGGAGUCCAUUGAUAAGCUUUAUCAUUAGACCCACUGGGAAUCUUAAUUAACUCUGUCUAAAGGAAAUUGAGUCAGCAAACCCAUAGCUGUGCCAACCUGUGUCGGACAAAUACUAAUUAAAUGUUAAUAGUCUCAUAAAUGGACUCGCUUGUCAGCAUUUUUUAUGUUCUUUCUUUCCUGUUUUUUUUUUUUUUCAACAAGACAGUAAAGGUGAAAAUUAUGUUGAUAUUAGUUUGUAAUAGUCGGUAAAAGUUAACAGAACAGCAUCUCUUCUAUAUGAGAUUUCCAGUUAUAUUUAUCCAUGAAAAACACAUGGUUGUAUCCACUAAACUGUGACCUUUAUAAAACUGACGUGGGAAAUGUAGAUUUAGAAUGAAAUAGACAUUCUGUUAUUUUUCCAUUUCUGUAUCUUUUCAUUUGUGCUUUUGACCUAAAGCUUGUGAUUCCCUUUUUAGUUGUUCAUAAUUUCCAGUUUAGUGAAUAAACUCGGCAAUGUACAAUCUCUUUUGUCUCCGCCGUGAGACAUUACGGGUGUACAACAACACCGCAACCACAAACCACACUACAGGCUUCAUACAACAUAAUAAUGAUUAUGAACGUGGUAACGCGUUUUCAUGAAUCUUGAUGACUUAUCAACACAAUAAAUUUCACUCUAGUUAAUUAAAGAAAUAAUAGAAUGUUAGUUUGGAAAUAAGUGAAAUUUAAAAAAUCAGUAUCCUCUUUUUAGUAAUUGAGUAUUCCAAUAUCCCUACAUAAAAAAAAUAAAUUAAAAAAACAAACAAAAACGUUAUGAUCAACUUUAGCAUUUAAAAGCACUGUAAAAAUAUGAUUGGUACAGAAGAAAAAUAUUAAAUGAACAAUUCUUGAUAGUUUUAGAUAUUAUCAAGAUGGAAAGGUCAGAUGUUUAAACAAAACCUAAAAAGAGCAUGAAAACAACCUGUGCUACUUGCUACUCGGAUUUCUGUUCAAUUUUUUAUAGAAGGGUAAUAAGGCAAAAAAUAGUAGUUUUACUAUUCAAUGUGAUCUUACUUCAACGUGCGCCUCCUUGCAGCAGAAUGCAGAAAAAUGUGCAAACGCAAUUUACAAAAACACAUUUACAAAACACCUUGCAGCCAGCAAAUUAAUAUAUCAAAAUUUCAAAAGGGUGUCCCUGGAUCUCCUGUUAGUUUAGGAAACUUGACCAGUAAUAUUUGUAGAGGUGCAGCAUCUGGGCGAUAAGGCAAAUGUAGGCAGAUUACAUUCUAUGCCUUAAUAAAAAUCUAAUCUUUAAUGAAGAGCCCAUUAAUUUCUCAAAUGCAGGUUGAGCCCAUCACUGCUGCCUCAGGGACCCCUGUUUUUUGGCAAACUGCUUGAAAAUGGUUUGACACGGAACUUGAUGGGACAGUAUCUGCAGCCUACUGGCACCAUAACCACCAUAAUAGACUGUAUGUUUAUGGAGCAUAGACUGCCCCUUUGCAAGAUCACUCUGUGUUUCAAACAAUACUUUACUCUGUUAUUGCAUUAAAACAUGUAUGUGCUAAAGAAUGUUCAGAUCUAAUGGAAUAUUACUGUUUGUUAUUACAGAUUAUCAAAAAAAUGAUUGAACGAAAACAGGCACAAAUUAGAAAAGUGUACCCAGGACUAUCCUGCUUUAAAGAGGGAGUGCGGCAAAUACCAAUUGAAAGCAUUCCGGGAAUUAGUAAGUAUUAUUUUGUAUUUUCUUUAUUACUCAAUUGAAAAAACAAACACUGAAACUACAGUACAUUUUUGAAAUGUCAAAAUUUAACAAAAUGAAGUAUUCAGAUUUCUUGUCUAAGAUUGUGUUUAAACAAAUCAUUGCUGAUUUUAUUUAUGCUUAUUUAUAGUCUGUUUUGCAAAUAUAAGCAAAGUCAAUGAAUUCACAUUCAGUAGGUCUUUUUUUAAUACAAAGAACAUAGGUCACAUUGGCAGGAGGCUUUGUAUGAAGCUAAACAUGGUCCACUGAUAUCAUUAUUUUGCAUUUAUUCAUAAAGCGUCAAAGUAUGUGCGCUACGUGCUGUGGUCGAUGACGGAAAAGUAAUUGUGACAAAAUAAGUUAGGUGUAUAGGUAAUGAAAACUAAAAAAAAGAUUGUAUUCCAAUAAUAAAGCCUUGUAGCCAUUUGAAUAAAGCCAUUUUAUCUCCUAAUAAUUAGUAGGAGCACCAUAGUACAUACACCUUGAUCACAUUUAUCUCUUGUAUAGGUUACCUAGCAAGAAGCACUCUGUCUUUGUUUAAUUUCAUCCUACUCAUUUUAAAGGACCACUAUAGUGCCAGGAAAACAUACUCGUUUUCCUGGCACUAUAGUGCCCUGAUGGUACCCCCACCCUCAGAGUCCCACUCCUGUGGCGCUAAAGGGGGAGGAAGGGGUUAAUCCCUUACCUUUUUUCCAGCGCCAGGCUCCCUCGGCCCUGGGACUUUCCUCCCUCUUCUUCCGUCAUCGGCUGUAUGCGCAUGCACGGCAAGAAUCCGCGCGCGCAUUCAGCCAGUCUCAUAGGAAAGCAUUAUCAAUUAUCAAUGCUUUCCUAUGGACGCUGGCGUCAAUGAGACAGCCACUAGAGGCUGGAUUAACCCAAUGGUAAACAUAGCAGUUUCUCUGCAGUUUCUCUGAAACUGCUAUGUUUACUGCAAAAAGGGUUAAACCUAGCUGGACCUGGCACCCAGACCACUUCAUUAAGCUGAAGUGGUCUGGGUGCCUAUAGUGGUCCUUUAACUGCAGAUAUUUGAACUAUUGAGUGUGUGUGUGUGUGUGUGUGUGUACAACACUUGGCAAACUAACACAUCUAUAAGCUUCUAGAAUGGACAGCAGAGGUUCUUGCACCAUAAACUAGGCAAGAAGUCUAGGGUGGUGUUAUUCUUGGAUUGUUCUAUCUAGCUGGCUUCAUUUCAUAGGUCUGUAGUUUGCCACCAUUUAGCAUGUUAAUAUCAAACUAGAUUACUAUAUUUGUAUGUAUCAGAUUGAAUUCGUGAUGUCUUCUGGAAAGCCAGAUUACCAAGAUUACACUUAGCACCUUGCUCAUUGAUAAAUGGAAUUACUAUUUGUUGUUUAAAUAAACUGAAAAAUGUUUUAGAUGAUGCUUUUUAGGGUUCAGUUCACAACUCUUGUUAUUUAGAUUUGCGUUGUGUUUCUGGUGCGCAAAUUCAAAUUGUUACAUUUGGUUUUAUUGCUUUACAGGGGAGACGGGUUGGAAGCCAAGUAUAAAAGAAAGAAGGUACGUUUUAUGUAUGUAAAGUCUGUGUAUCUGAAUUAUGUUUUAAGUCUACACCAAAAUAACUUUUCUUUAGUAGUUUUGGUGUAUAAAUCAUGCCACUGAAGUCUCACUGCUCAAUUCUCUGUUGUUUUGGUGACUACAGUGUCCAUUUAAAGGAACAGUCACUCUAAACAUUUAAAUCCCUUCAUCUCAAAGCAGCUCUGCCACCUUUGGGGGUCAUUGCAUAUAUACAGUGGAGGGUAGUUAUACUUACCUGCAUGCGUUAGAGUGCAACACUGAUGUCUAUGAAGAAAAAGCUGUCUCUCAAUCUGGACUUGGCCUGAUUCUCAAAGCUGCUCCUAGUGGCGGCUGGGGGAAUAGACAGAACUUGACCACAUGAAAGAAGUAGUCCUUGCUUUUCUUAUGCUAUCUUUUGACUGGAUUUCAUUGAAAUGUCAACACAUUCCAUAUGAAUAUUUCAUAAAGAUUCUAUCUUUUAAAAAACAAACACAAAUUUAUAGUAGCUUUUGUUUAAGAUUAAAGGGACACUCCAGGCACCCAGACCACUUGUGCCCAUUGGAGUGGUCUGGGUGCCAACUCUCACUACCCUUAACCCUGCAGCUGUAAUUAUUGCAGUUUUCAUAAACUGCAAUAAUUACAUUGCAGGGUUAACUCCUCCUCUAGUGGAUGUCUAUUAGACAGCCACUAGAGGGCACUUCCUGGUUUCUAGCACAGGUUUUCUGUGCUAGAGCAUCGCUGGACGUCCUCACGCUGUGUGAGGACCUCCAGCGUCGCUCAAUUCCACAUAGGAAAGCAUUGAAAGCAUUUUCAAUGCUUGCCUAUGGAGAGGUCUGAUGCGUGCGCGGCAGUGCGCAUGCGCAUUAGGUCUCCCCCCACCGGCAGCCGCACACGCGCAACCGGUCUCCCCCGCCGGAACCGAAACCACCGUCAAGGGACAUCGGCGGGGGUCUCAGGUAAGUCACUGAAGGGGUUUUCACCCCUUCAGCAACAUGGGAUGGGGUUGGGAGGGAGAGGGGACCUGCAGUGGGAAACAAUUUGUUUUCCUGGCACUGGAGUGUCCCUUUAAUGUAACAGUUACUGUAGUUUAUGUAUUUGAAGUAUUACUUUAUGUAAUGCAAGUCAAACUGAUGCAAAUAGUAAAGUGCAGGACAAAUUGUAUUACUGUUCCCAGGAACUUGCAUAGUUUCCAGUCAUUUGUAGUUCAUGUUCAUAGCUGUUUGGUAUCUUGAGUUUACUUGUCUACAUUACCCAUUUAACAGUUAUCAUAACAUAUAUUGCACAGCACAUUCAUUUAACUGAUUGGCAAAAGACCUCACAGGUCAUUUUCUAAUUACAGGUGAAAUGUUGCACCACAAGCCGAAUGAUUAUAAGAUGAAUAAGAUAAAUUAUUCUUUCCACUUUAUUCCUAACUGUAUAACAGUUUAAGUUUGUACUUAUGAAUUACGUAUGAUGGAAUGCAUUGAUUUUUUGGGAUCAGGACUCUGUAUUUUAUACAUUAUUCAUUUUAAUUAUAGCAAUCCCCUAAAAAAAACACUGCCUUUCUGGCACAUUGAAAAAUGAUUAGAUAAAUCACCUACAUAUACAAAAUAGACACGUUUUAAUAAAAGACCUUUGAAAUCUGGAGAAAAAAAAAGAAGAAAAUGAUUUGGUGUAAAAGAGAAAUAAUGUUCAUUGACAGUGAAAACAUGAACAGGAAAAUAAACUCCUUGGUAGCCAUGAAUAAAUGAAAUAGUGGAAACAGGAGCUUCCAGCUCUCCUUCGGACUGAGAGGAGGCAGGUAGUGACUCCAAGGACGACCAACUAAAACCUUUGUAAAAUUGUCUGACUUCUCUCAUUGGGUGGCGUCAAGGCACUCCUGACACCAAAACCACUGCAGAGUACUGAAGUGCGUAUAGUGCUUGGAGUGGCCAUGUUAAAAAAAAUGUAUUUACAUUGAACUAAUAGGUCUGUUAAAGCCACUGUCUUUAAAUAUAUACCAGUGAUUUAUGUAAUGUGCUCUUCCAUGUACAAAAUAAAUGUUUAUAAAAGGUUUACACAUUUUCCCUGACUUCAUGAUAGAAUCCCCUGUCAUUCCUUGCCAUCAUGAUAUAAUCCGCUGUCCUACCCUUUCUUUAUGCUGGAAUCCCCUGUCUUUCCUUUCCUCCAACUCAGAACCCCCUGUCCUUACUUGCCUCUAUACUGAAAUCCCAUCCUUCCUUGACCCCAUACUUGAAUCUUUCCUUGCCCCCAUCCCCCAUGCUGAAAUUCCCCUGUCCUUUUCUGCUUCCUCCAUGACAUAAUACCCGUCAUUCCCUGACCCAUACUGAAAUCCUCAUCCUUCCCUGCUCCCCCAUGCCAGAACCUCCUACGCUUCCAUGUCUCUCUGCUGGAUUGGUAUUGUGUAUCCUGAUAUCUUGUCUACUGUAUACUGACUUACUGUCAGUGUAUACUUUACAAACGGGGUGCCAAAAAGGUAGAUGUCUGGAUGUUGUAGAACUACAACUCCCAAGAUGCUUUGCAUGCCUUUAGAAUGACAAAGCAUCAUAGAAGCUGUAGUUUUAAAACAUCUUGGGAUAUACCUUUUGGGCACCCCGUGCUUUACACUAUGUGAAAUGGUUGUAAAAACUACAAAUUUAACAAACAGUUAUUUAAGAACACAAUCUGUGCACGUGUUUUUCGUAAUCUAUGUGACACUGAACACAGAAUUUAAAUUCAAAACAUGUAGUCACAUAUAAACAUGGGAUUAUAUCAUACAUAUAUAGAUAGGUCCAGGUUAGUUGAAAAAUAUCUUCCUGUUUUUCUGGAACAGCAGACACAAAAGUAUUUUAACCCAGAAAAUAAGGCACAUGAUGGAGUUACUCCGCCAUGAGUUCUCAAGCUCUGGUCAACCAUGAUGUAAUAAUUCCAUAAAGUGGCAGGAAGGGUAGCAUUCUGUACUCAUUAGGGUACUUUGCUCACGUGUGCAGCGUAUGGGCAAGCUAGAAAUAAAAUGUGCAAGCAUUGGACCAUGUCCUUAAUUCUAACAUUAUCUGGGUGCGUCUCAAUAAGAUUGUGUUGGGCACUCACCCAUUUAUAAUACAUUCACACAAUUUGAAUUUAAUAUGGCAGGAUAAUUUGUUUUGUUAAUACUUUUUUUGAAAUCUAUAUUUUCACAUAUGCAUUAUACAAUUAUUGGGUGUAAAUUAUUUAUUUUUAUUUUAUUUAAUUUUUUUCAAGUAAAGAGCCAAAAGAUCCGGAACAGCUAUACAACACACUAAAAAACAUUCUUCAGCAGGUGAAGGUAUGUCGGCAUUUCAUUAAAGAUUUUCUUUUUUCCCUUUACACAAAUUUAUAUCCCUGGAUCCCUAGCAGUGCUUUAAAUUGAAUUUUACUGGCUAUUACAGCCGGUGGUCUUUUUGCGAUCGAAGGUGAUUCAAUAAAUUACUUUUCUUGGAAGUGUCUGAUCGUAAUUUCAACUCCAGACCCUGGAAGAUAAUACUGGGGCAAUCACGUUACCUAUCAUUUAUUUUAAACACCAAUUCUGCGGUCUGACAUCUACUAUUUAAAGCUGAAGGUUAGCAAGUGGGUAAAGUGGGACUAGAUAAUUUUAACAAUUCAUAAAAUGUCACGCAUGUUUAAAUAAUUGUGGGCAUAUAAAUAAUGGUUCUGGUCAUAACGUAAGACUCAUUUAUAUUUGUGCUCUAGGAGGUAUAUUAAAUUACAUUUAGUCGUUACCCGAACGGUUUUCUAUAAAUUAGCAAAUUAAAUUCCUAAUAGAAUCAUGUCUCCCUUUAAUGUUCCCUUGCUCUCCCACUCAUUUUAAAAAGAAAGGCCGUAGGAUCAUGAAAGGGGUUAAUAUAAAUUCAAUAAUUCCACGCCACAUCUCAGUAGUGAAAAAAAAAAGGUGCAAACUAAGUGUCUCAAAGGGUUUUAAAGAUACAAUAAUGUUCUGGUGCAGUUCUAGGCAACCUUCGGCACUCCAGAUGUUGAGCACUAUAUCUCCCCUAAUGCUUAGCAAGCAUUAUGACUGCAAGAGUCUCAUGAGAGAUGUAGUCCACAACUUUUGGAGUGCCAAAAUUUGCCUAUCCCUGUUCAGGUGGGAUGUGUGACAUUUAGAUUUGGAAGCUGAGCAGGUCUAUUUCCUUCUCUGGAAACAUUAAAUUAAAAUUAAACAAAAAUACUUAUCUUCCACGUUCUUUCAUUUGAGAGGGGCUGACUGCAACUCCAGAAAACUUCUACAAGAUCAAGUAUAGGCUCUACCAACCAGCAGCCUCUCAUUCUAUUCUAUGGCAUCGGAUUUUCUCAUAUAAACCCCUGGCCAACAGUGAUUUAUGACAUAAGUUUAUUUUCAUCAAGCAGUUCUGUGCACCAUGUAAUAUGCAUGUAACUGCUCAGUAAACUGAUAUAACGCAGCCAGUGAUUUCACCAGAAAUUUUUGGACCCAUUUUAGGCAUGUGGUCCCAGGGACUUAUUUCAAAAGUUCAUCUACAAGGAUAAAUAAAGUUUAUUCAGUGUGUGUUUACCUGCAUAGUGGGUGCAGAAUGUGUGAAUAGUGGGUGCAGUAUGCGUAGUGAAUGAUGUGUGUGUACUAAGUGUAAUAUUUGUUUAGUGGAUGCAGUGUGUGUAGUGGAUGCAUUGUCUAUAGGGAAUGCUGUGUUUAUGUUGGUGGAUGCAAUGUAUGUUUGUAUUUGUGGUGUUGGAUUGGGGCUCUGGGGGGGUGAACAGUUUUUUAAAUUGAUAAUAAAGCUUAUUCUGCCGUUCCCGCCUCUUACCUGUGGCCCGGGAGGAGGGACACUACACUGAUUAACCACAACAUUUAAACCACUUGCCUAAUAUUACUCCUGCCCCUCGUGUUGCAAAACAGCUCUGAUGCCUCGAGACAUGGACUCCACAAGACCUCUGAAUAUGUCCCGUGGUAUCUGGCACGCAUUUAAACCAAGUCUUUUGAGGUGGGACCUCCAGGGAUUGGAUUUAUUGCUCCAGCACAUCCGACAGAUGCUCAAUCGUAUUGAGAUCUGAGGAAUUUGGAAGCCAAUGCAACACCUUGAACUCUUUAUCAUGUUCCUCAAAUGUUCCUCAAUUUGUGUAGUGUGGCAUGGUGCAUUAUCCUGCUGAAAGAGACCAGAGCCAUCAAGGAACACCAUUACGGUGAAGGGUUGUACAUGGUCUGCAACAAACUCUAGGUAGGUGUUAUGUGUCAAAGUAACAUCUACAUGAAUGUCAGGACCCAAGAUUUCCCAGUAGAACUUUGCCCAGAGCUUGCCUUUUUUCACACACCCGGCCAGCUACCUGAUCUGAAAGAAAACGUGAUUCAUCAGACCUAUUAAACUUCGUCCAGUUCUGAGACUCACGUCCCCAUUGAAGGCGCUUUUGUGAGUGGAUGGGGAUCAUCAUGGGCUCUUAAAAAGAAUAAAAACUCACCUUUAUUACAGCGCCAUGCAUGGACAGGCAGUACACAUUAGAACAACUACAUUGAGCUGUAAUUGUUCUGGUGACUAUAGUGUCUCUUUAAGUUUUUCAGCAAUUUGAGCUACUGUAGCUCCUCUGUGGGAUUGGAUCAGCCAGACUAGCUUUUGCUCUCCAUGUCCACCAAUGAGCCUUGACCGCCCAUGACUCUGAUGCCGGUUCACCUGUUGUCCUUCCAUGAACCACUUUUGGUAGGUACUAACCACUGAAUACUGAGAAGAUCCCACAAGAUUUCCCAUUUUGGAGAUGUUUUAGCCAUCACUAUUUGGCUCUUGUCAAAGUCAAUUGGAUCUUUUCAUUUGCCCAUUUUCCUGAUGCCAACACAUGAAAUGGCUAUCCACUUGCUGCAUAAUAUAUCCCACCCUUGACAGGUGCCAUUGUAACCAUAUAAUCAAUGUUAUUUACUUCACCUAUCAGUGGUUUUAAUGUUGUGGCUGAUCAGUGUAGAUUCCCUGGUGGUCCAAUGGUACAGCAACUUGUAUAGUGAAGAGAAAGCUCAGGAGUCUCCUUCUUCCGCUAGGAAGCAGGUCCUCUCCUUGUCUUGCGAGCCUAGCAUGCAACACUCGGACAGCUGCACGCGAGGACACUGCCGGAGGUGGAAUUUGGAGUGUUCUGGCCGCCUUCUUCAUUAUAGAAGACAGCAGGAGCCUGCAAGUGCAUAUAUAUACACAGUGAGGGAAAAAAGUAUUUGAUCCCCUGCUGAUUUUGAACGUUUGUCCACUAACAAAGAAACGAUCAGUCUAUAAUUUUAAUGGUAGGUGUAUUUUAACCGUGAGAGACAGAAUAACGAAUAAAAAAAUCCAGAAAAACGCAUGUCAAAAAAGGUAUAAAUUGAUUUGCAUGUCAUUGAGGGAAAUAAGUAUUUGACCCCUUCGAGUUAGUACUUGGUGGCAAAACCCUUGUUGGCAAUCACAGAGGUCAGACAUUUCUUGUAGUUGGCCACAAGGUUUGCACACAUCUCAGGAGGGAUUUUGUCCCACUCCUCUUUGCAGAUCCUCUCCGAGUCAUUAAGGUUUCGAGACUGACCUUUGUCAACUCAAACCUUCGUCAACUCAAACCUUCAGCUCCCUCUACAGAUUUUCUAUGGGAUUAAGGUCUGGAGACUGGAUAUGCCACUCCAGGACCUUAAUCUGCUUCUUCUUUGUUGCCUUGGCAGUGUGUUUUGGGUCAUUGUCAUGCUGGAAUACCCAUCCACGACCCAUUUCCAACGCCCUGGCUGAGGGAAGGAGGUUCUCACCCAAGAUUUGACGGUACAUGGCCCCAUCCAUCGUCCCUUUGAUGCGGUGCAGUUGCCCUGUCCUCUUAGCAGAAAAACACCCUCAAAGCAUAAUGUUUCCAUCUCCAUGUUUGAUAGUGGGGAUGGUGUUCUUGGGGUCAUAGGCAGCAUUCCUCCUCCUCCAAACACAGCGAGUUGUGCUGAUGCCAAAGAGCUAGAUUUUGGUCUCCUCUGACCACAACACUUUCACCCAGUUCUCCUUUGAAUCAUUCAGAUGUUCAUUGCUAAACUUCAGACAGGCUUGUACAUGUGCUUUCUUGAGCAGGGGGACCUUGUGGGUGCUGUAGGAUUUCAGUCCUUCACGGCGUAAUGUGGUACCAAUUCUUUUCUUGGUGACUAUGGUCCCAGCUGCCUUGAGAUCAUUAACAAGAUCCUCCCGUGUAGUUCUGGGCUGAUUCCUCACCAUUCUCAUGAUCAUUGAAACUCCACGAUUUGAGAUCUUGCCUGGAGUACCAGACUGAGGGAGACUGACAGUUAAUUUGUGUUUCUUCCAUUUGCGAAUAAUCGCACCAACUGUUUUCACCUUUUCACCAAGCUGUUUGGCGAUGGUCUUGUAGCCCAUUCCAGCCUUGUGUAGGUCUACAAUCUUGUCCCUGACAUCCUAGGACAGUUUGGAAUCUGAUUGUUUCUGUGGACAGGUGUCUUUUAAACAGGUAACGAGCUGAGGCUAGGAGCACUCCCUUUAAAGAGUGCUCCUAAUCUCAGCUCGUUACCCAUAUAAAAGACACGUGGGAGCCAGAACUCUUUCUGAUUGAUAGGGGAUAUAAUACUUAUUUCACUCAUUGACAUGCAAAUCAAUUUAUAACUUUUUUGAUAUGCGUUAUUCUGGAUUUUUUUUUUAUUUUUUUUAAUCUGUCUCCAACUGUUAAAAUACACCUAUCAUUAAAAUUAUAGAUUGAUCAUUUCUCUGUCAGGGGAUCAAAUACUUUUUUCCCCUCACUGUAUAUAGCGAGUACCGGGAACUCUGCAACGUUGAUAAGGUACUUAUAAGGUUUUCUUUUAAAUGAGGACUAUGAACAAUAUAUAGCGGGGACAUAGUUUAGUGGUUAAAGAAGCCAACUGCGGUUACUGAAUUUGAUUCCCAGCAGCAUCCACUCAGUCUUACAACCUUAUGUAGUCAAUCAAAUACUUUGAAGGUAAUAUUAUUUUUAACAUAAUCCACUACCGCUGAGUUCUAUGGAAGCAGUACUACAUUUUAUUGUCAAACAGUGAUAAAUGUAAUCUUUACAGGAUAGAUUUUCAAAUGUACAUCCUUGAAAAAUGACAUAGAAUGGAAUAAGAACAUUUGUGACCCAGUCUGAACACAAGCUGAACAAGCAAUACAUUUUAAGCUUUACAAAGCUGGAGUUUAUGAAAACUGCUUUAAUUCAUGACCUUUGCACGCAUAACAUGGCAUAUGGAUCAUAAAAUAUAUCACCUUUCAGCAAUGUCUAAUGACUAUGCUAUACAGUCAUGUAAUGUGUAAGAAACAUGAUGCUGCUUAUUAAAGGACCAGAUCCUACUGUACAAUCAUUAGUCGCUCAAGAUAUUUUAAGAUUUGAGUAUCACAAAAUCACUCGAGUUUGUCAGUAUUUAUGAGGGCUUUACGAACACAGGAGUAAGUCAUAUCUAGAGGCCAUUACCUGCAUGACCUCUAGAUGUAAACAACACUGAAUCUUUAUGGGAAGUCCUAGAGCACAAUGGGGGAGAUUUAGCAAGGCAAAAAAACAUGCUAUUCUAAGUGCAAAGUGCUAAUUGUUGAGUGAGUGAUAAGCUAAUUACCCCCUAACGGUGAUUGCUUAUUUUGGACUUUUCCUCAGAAAAAGCACUUGUUUUUGCCUUGAUAAACAUCCCAUUAUGUGUGAUGCCAAUAUCAUCAGAACUGGUUGUUUUUCUUCUUAAAAUAUAGCACAAUACCCCACUCCAUACUGUAUAUGGAGUAAAUCAAGAAGAAUUAAUGUUUUUCAGAAGGCAUAGUGUGUUCUGUCUCAUUUAAUAGAUUAUUUUGUAAUUUGAGGUGUUUUUACUACUUUUUUCUCCCAAAGCAGAACCCCACUAUGGUGGUUUUAGAUUCAUUAUUAUUAUAUUGUAUUUUUCGUAGGUGACCAUUUAUAAUUCUAUUUUGAGUAUUUUUAAAAUAGUUAUUUGACACUCGUUUUAACUUUUUAUUACAUCAAAGAGCCAUCAAAGUGCCUGGCCCUUUAUGGAACCUGUGAAAAAGACUGAAGCGCCUGGAUAUUACGAAGUGAUACGAUUUCCGAUGGGUAAGAUCACUUUCUAAUUGAUGAAGAUAACAUGUUCAUCAAACUAAUGCAUUUUCUUCCUACGUUUUCAAUCUGACCUUACAGAGAAUAUUUUAAAUUGUUUGUUAUGUAAAAUGAAUGGUAUUUUUAAUUUUUAAAAAGCAAAGAUGUUUGAGACCGAUAUCUGUAGCCCCAUUUUUACCAGAUACCUAUGGUCUUGGAUUAGAAUAAUCAAGUCUUUUAAAAUGUUGAGCCUCACAAGAGCCAGAGCUUCCACUUAACGUGAAACAUUAGGACACCUUUUUAAUUCAUCACAAAACAAUUAUUAUACUCACUAAUAGGGUUAUUUACUAAAGAGAGAAUUCAAUGUGAAUUUCAAAUUUAAGGUCAAAAUAGCCAAACUUGAAAAAUUCUCAAAGUCAGCUAUACUAUCAGUUCGGUUACUCAUGCCUUAAAUUCCAAAUUCACUUUGAAUUCUCAGUUUAAUGAAUAAUCCUGUUUCUCGAGGGACCCAUUUCACUGACAAUUAUCUCACUGAAAUAAUGAUUACUUUACUCUGAACAACCAGAGGCACAGACAAUAUGACACAUCUCAUUUGUGUCAUAUAAACAAACAAACAAAAAAUAUGCAGAUUUUACUACAGUAAAGUAUUCACUGACUGUAACUGAGUCAUAUCUUAUGUCUGUCACUCUGAUGUUUGAAUAAUUAAUAGAGCAACUCUGAAGUAUUUAAAUACAACGGGCUCUAAAUAGAUUCUGAGAACAGGCUGUUGAACUGUUUGCAGUGGAUCUUGGACUUAAGAAGGAAAGGACAUCCGUUGCUUGAUUCACUGCACAUACAGAGAUAUUGUUAAUUGUGUGCUGGAGGGGCUAGUUGCACUCCCAGCACACGUGACAGAUAGGAACGCUGUUGCAGCUUCCUAAUGUCAAUUCUGUGCAUAAAUUACGUCUGCUGACAACAGAUGUGAAAAACUCAUUCUCCCCGCCCUCUGUCCCUAUCUUACGCUCCUUUCAUCCGCAUUGUUCUUUAAAAAAUAAAAUAAAAACAACUCUCUCCCCUCGCUUUCUCAGAGUUAAUGCAUGUGCUCUGAGCCGGCAAAAUAGUGCAGUCACAUACUUCUGUCUAAGACUACGCGGAGCCCCAGUGAUGUUGCAGCGGGGUGUGGAAGAUCAGCACCAAGAGCUUUGCCCAGCGCUGGUUUCACUUUAAGUAAAACAUUUUUACAAAUUGACGGGAAGGGACACAUUCCUCUUAGUUCCCAGUAAAGAAUAUCACGCCAGAAAGGUCCCCUUUCUCAAAAGGGUUAUAGUAACCCUUUAACCCCUUAAAGACACUUGACAUGUGUGACAUGUCAUGAUUCCCUUUUAUUCCAGAAGUUUGGUCCUUAAGGGGUUAAAGUUAAAUCCUCCUAUUCAAGUUAGUUGUAAAACCAAUUUCACUAUAUAUAGUGAAACGAUUUCUUGACCCUUAUAAGAUUAACAAAAGAUAUCUAUUAUAUUUGCAUUUUCUAUUGGAUUUAUAAUGCAAAUUACACAGGCAGCUAUCUCCAAUUCUGAUUUAAAUGCCCGUUCCUGCUUAUUACAUUCAGUAACAUCUCUAAUGAAAUCUAGAGAGAAUGAUAUUUGGCACAGUGGGAUAUACAUACAUAUAAAAAUAUCCAUUUAAUGUAAUAGAAUUGUGAAACUUUAUUAUUUUGAAGAUAUUUUUCCCAUUACAAUUAGCAAUGACUGUAUUUUAUUAUUGUUUUCACUGGAUCCACAGUAGGGGAGAUAUAAAAUAAUUUGGUGUGUCUCUUAUUUUUUCAUUUUAUAUUCCUUUCAAAUUAAGGGUAUAGACUAGGCAUCACACUACGAAAGCUCAUUGCAGUGAUUAUGGUGCUUAAAGAGUCUGUGGAUGCAUUCCCCUAGUUUGUAUCAGUUUUCAAACCUGAAGCUCAGCCCCUAUUCUGCAACUUUGCUAAUGCUGAAGUGGAUGUGUCCCACAGUCCUAUUUUCUGGACAAUCUGAUGCCUCCACUUCAGUAUGGUCACCUUGGCUAGACCGAAGGUCCAGGUGCAAGGUUCCUUGAUAGUUCAAUGUAAACUCGAGCUGGCCUGGUGUUUUGUGGGUUAGAAACAUAGAAUGUGACGGCAGAUAAGAACCAUUCGGCCCAUCUAGUCUGCCCAAUUUUCUAAAUACUUUCAUUAGUCCCUAGUCUUAUCUUAUAGUUAGGAUAGCCUUAUGCCUAUCCCACGCAUGCUUAAACUCCUUUACUGUGUUAACCUCUACCACUUCAGCUGGAAGGCUAUUCCAUGCAUCCACUACCCUCUCAGUAAAGUAAUACUUCCUGAUAUUAUUUUUAAACCUUUGUCCCUCUAAUUUAAGACUAUGUCCUCUUGUUGUGGUAGUUUUUCUUCUUUUAAAUAUAGUCUCCUCCUUUACUGUGUUGAUUCCCUUUAUAUAUUUAAAUGUUUCUAUCAUAUCCCCCCUGUCUCGUCUUUCCUCCAAGCUAUACAUGUUAAGAUCCUUUAACCUUUCCUGGUAAGUUUUAUCCCGCAAUCCAUGAACCAGUUUAGUAGCCCUUCUCUGAACCCUCUCUAAGGUAUCAAUAUCCUUCUGAAGAUACGGUCUCCAGUACUGUGUACAAUACUCCAAGUGAGGUCUCACCAGUGUUCUGUACAAUGGCAUGAGCACUUCCCUCUUUCUACUGCUAAUACCUCUCCCUAUCCAACCAAGUAUUCUGCUAGCAUUUCCUGCUGCUCUAUUAAUUGUCUGCCUACCUUUAAGUCAUCAGAAAUAAUCACCCCUAAAUCCCUUUCCUCAUAUGUUGAGGUUAGAACUCUAUCAAAUAUUCUGUACUCUGCCCUUGGGUUUUUACGUCCAAGAUGCAUUAUCUUGCACUUAUCCACAUUAAAUGUCAGUUGCCACAAUUCUGACCAUUUUUCUAGUUUACCUAAAUCAUUUGCCAUUUGGCUUAUCCCUCCUGGAACAUCAACCCUGUUACAUAUCUUAGUAUCAUCAGCAAAAAGACAUACCUUACCAUCAAGACCUUCUGCAAUAUCACUAAUAAAAAUAUUAAAGAGAAUGGGUCCAAGUACAGAUCCCUGAGGUACCCCACUGGUGACAAGUCCAAGCUUCGAAUAUAUUCCAUUAACUACAACCCUCUGUUGCCUGUCACUCAGCCACUGCCUUACCCAUUCAACAAUAUUGGAAUCCAAACUUAAAGAUUGCAGUUUAUUGAUAAGCCUUCUAUGUGCAACAGUGUCAAAAGCCUUACUGAAAUCUAGGUAAGCAAUGUCUACUGCACCACCCUGAUCUAUAAUUUUAGUUACCCAAUCAAAAAAAUCAAUAAGAUUAGUUUGGCAUGAUCUCCCUGAAGUAAACCCAUGUUGUCUCUGAUCUUGAAAUCCAUGUGUUUUUAGAUGUUCAUCAAUCCUAUCCUUUAACAUGGUUUCCAUCACUUUCCCCACUACUGAAGUAAGGCUUACUGGCCUAUAGUUGCCCGACUCCUCCCUAUUACCUUUCUUGUAAAUGGGCACAACAUUCGCUAACUUCCAAUCUUCUGGCACUACUCCUGUUAACAAUGAUUGGUUAAAUAAAUCUGUUAAUGGUUUUGCUAGUACACCACUAAGCUCUUUUAAUAGCUUUUUCCUCCACAGUAUCCUUAUUCCUAACCAUGUUCUUGGUUGAUAGCCAGGAUGUGUUCUUCUCUGUUAACAAAGAACAAAAUCCUGUAUAUUGGAUAGAGGUCAGUGACCCGAUCUCUACCCAAUAUACAGCAUAUUUUUUUUCUGUGUAACUAGGUUUGGUUUACUAUUUUAACAUAGGUUUCCAUAAAAUAUUUGCUUUAUGGUGUUUCGUAUAUAGAACAUGUUUAAAUACAAAUUGUUAAAAAAACAACUAUAUUUUAAGAGAUUCUGUUCAAUAUUGUUAUAAUUGGCAUGUACGUAAUUUAUAAUAUAUUCUUUUAAAUAUCUAGGUAUGUUUCUAGACCCCAAUCUAUCCUUUUGCCCUGUACAGAAACAAACAGAUAGUGCAACAAAUGCUAAUGCCGGUCAUUGAUUAUGGGGAUGUAGUGUUUGCACCUGCACCGCAAAACCACCCUAAUAAACUUAAUACAUUAUAUAAUUUGUUCUGUCGCUUUGUACUAGAAUGUAAUUACUUUACCCACCACUGUGACAUGUUAAAAGAGCUAAACUGGCUGUCGCUGGUAUCCCGACACACCCUUCAUCUUUCCAGCCUUGUGCAUAAGAGCAUUUCUGGUAGCUCGGACCUUACCUGAGUAGAAUGCUCUCCCCGGCUGUUCCCACCUCCUAUAACCUCUGAUCCAGUACCAGCACGAUAUUUAGUCUACUUCAAUACAAAAAGAAAGCGGCUCGAUCCUCCUUUUCCUACAGAGCACCGCAACUAUGGAAUAACCUCAGGGACACAGUCAAGUCUUCAUUCAAUCUAAAAUCUUUUAAGAGAUCUAUAGCAAUAUACCUCAGCACAGAAUGCACCUGGCAUGGUUGAAUAUAUUUACCUGUUAUGUAUUAAAUUUAUAUAUAUAUAUAUAUAUAUAUAUAUAUAUAUAUGUGUGUGUGUAUAUAUAGUUUGUAUAUUGUAUUUUUGUAAUAUUGUAACAAUGCAAUGUUUUGUGGAAAAAGAACCAGGACAUACUUGAAAACAAGAGAAAUCUCAAUGUAUCCAUCCUGGUAAAAUAUUUUAUAAAUACAUUUUCAGUAUGCAUAUUCUAUAUUUGAAAUGUUUGUAAAUUUUUUAUUUUUUUUUCUUACCACUUUACAGAUCUCAAAACAAUGAGCGAAAGAGUGAAGAACAGAUAUUAUGUGACGAAAAAAUUGUUUAUGGCAGAUCUGCAAAGGAUAUUUACAAACUGCAGAGAAUAUAAUCCACCUGAAAGUGAAUAUUUCAAAUGUGCAAACAUCAUGGAGAAAUUUUUCUAUACUAAAAUUAAAGAAGCUGGACUUAUUGAUAAAUAAGCAUCAACUUGAUGUGCCUCGUUUUAUUGGCUAGCCUACUGUUUAUAGGACUUAACAUACAUACUCUUCAGAAAUAUAUGUUCUUCUUAAUAUCUUUUGAAGAGAUGCUAUUUUUUUUGCUAUCCAAUAGUUUAAGAUGCUUGAAACCUGUAGGUUUUUGACUACACUAUGUUUGAAUCAGAUUGUUUGUAUAUCUUGAAUUACAAAUUUUGUAUAUUAAUGUAUAUUAAUGUAAUAAAUGUAUAUUAAAUGUAUAUUAAAGAUUGUGUGUAAACCACCAAUCUUACAGCACUGUGCUAGACUGGACAGAUAAAUAGAUUACAGCUCUGCUUAUGCCGGACAUAAGUUAAAUCAUAAUCUAAUUUUAAUAUUUAUACAAAGACACUAAUGCUUUGCUUGGGAAGAUUUCUAAUUUACUAAUACUGCAUUUGUUUGAUAUAUAUUUGCUAUUUUAAAUAUAUAAACGACCCAUGGCAUUGUUCCUGUUGCAAUACAAAAAAUACUCCCAGUUCUUUUAUUUUGUUAUAGCAAAAGUUUAGUAUACUGUUAUAUUUAUAUUUAAAUACAUACAGAUUUAAUGUAAAAAAUAUUUGGUUAAUUUGAGAAGCUUUUUUUAGAAUUUUGAUGCUUUUAAUUUUUAUGACUUUUAGUUAUAAUAUUGUACAAAGUUGAACAUUUUGAGAUUUUAAGGAAAUACAUACAGAUUUAAUGUAAAAAAUAUUUGGUUAAUUUGAGAAGCUUUUUUUAGAAUUUUGAUGCUUUUAAUUUUUAUGACUUUUAGUUAUAAUAUUGUACAAAGUUGAACAUUUUGAGAUUUUAAGGAAUUAUCCCCAAAACAAAAUUUUAUGUAGUGGCACAAUUGUUUGUUUUUUUUUUUAUACAGUUUUGUACCAGAAGAUUUUGACACUUUUUUUUUUUUGUGUGUGUGUAAAAGCUUUAUUUGGAGUUCAUCUAUUGACCAUAAUAACCACACUCGGGUUACUGUUUGUACUUAAGUUACAAAGUAAUUUCACCCACUGACACAUUUUUUAGUCAAAUUGUUUUUUUUUAACCAUUUUGUUUUGUGGCAUAUGUAAACAAAAUAACAUGCCUUCUGUCAUUUAUAAUCCAGUCCUUUGCAAUACAGAAAUUAUACUUGUAUACUAUGAAGGUGGUAUACAACAUUAUGUCCCUUUCCCUGCCCCCUCUCCUCACCUCACCUAAAGUGUUACUUCAAGCACCAACUAGAAUAAUUUGAAGUGGUCAUGGUGCUUGGAGUCAGUUUGGAAUGCUGCAUGUAGAGAUAUAGCAGCUUGCUACCAGAGGUGUACCUUCAAAGGUUCUGGGCUGGAUAAUGUGAAUUCUGUGCAUAUUGGGCAUUUGUCAUUGUCAUGCAUAGCAUGCUUAUGACAAGUGACCAAUGGUAGCACGAACCCCCUUCGCCCUGCCAGAGUCCUUCCUGGGACAUUGCUACCCCUGCUGUAAGGGGAAAUUAUUUAACCGGAGAAGGAUUAAGCUACAGGGAGAACUUGCCAUCAGAGCUGAAUGGAAGGUUUUCCCCUUUUUUUAAAAAAAGGGGGAAGGGCAUGCCAGCAAAAGUUACCCACACCUUCCAACACUGUUUUGGUUGGAGUAACAUUUUAAAAAGCUAUGUGAAUUGUGCAGGAAAAUAUAUAUUGUGCCAAUCACGAUCACUGCAAGUGUGUUAAAUAUCCAGUUGGCAUGCAAUAUGUUAAAAUUAUUUUACAUUAAUAAAAGUGACCUUUUUUUUUUUUUUUUAAAUGAUAGAUUCUUCUGUGAAUGUUCUGAACCCUUAAUGUAUUGUUUAGUAGCUACACUGUUUGAAAAGACUGCCCCUUUUAUAUACUGAAUGCAUUUUUAUGUUGUAUAAAUUUUAAAGAAACAUUUUAUUAUAGAUACUGUGCAAUAAUGCUGGAAUAGAAUGUGUGGUUUUGCAAAUGCUUUAUAUAGAAAAAUAAUAUACCUUUGUAAAUUUAAUAUAUUG